CCUUGGACGAACUCAAACUUUCUGCUCACAGAUGGCAACGUUCUGUUAAUCCCUAAGAUCCGAUCCAAAUGGAACGCGAAUACUUCGCUCAUAUCCAGGGGUCUUUUAAUAAGCCCACAGAUCCCCUGGCAGGCAGAGGUAGGUGCUAGUGAAAAUGGCCUUUUCUUGGACGGGUUCUCAAACAGGAUCAGGUCACCGUGACUUGCAGGCACCUGCUUAACUCUCUUGAUUUUGCAGUCAGCUAAAAACUUCAUUGCCCUGAUGUCUUCUGCACUGAACCAAGGCGGGGCACUGUCGCUGUAAAUCCUAAUGUUGCUUUGGUGUGCACUAGUCUUCCCUCUUGGUACAGCCAGCAGGAUAACAGCCCCAUCCCUGGCUGCAGUGGCAUCUCCUUCCCCUUCUCCCAGCCUUUGCUGGUCCAUCUGUUUGUUGAAACCCUGCUGCAGGAUGCCUUGGCUAUGCUCAAACUGCACCUGUGCCGCAUAUUUUCUCCUCUUCUUGGGCUUCACCGUGCCCCUGAUGUUGGCUGGUUUGCUUCUUUUAGACCUCAGAGUGAUGUACACCACAUUGGGUUUCAGAGUUGCUGCUGGAAGGGUGCUCGGGACGCCCCCCUCUGACAGCUCACUCACCAUGUAGAAGUUGCCAUGCUGCAGAUGUGCCUGAGGUGGUUUAGUGGAGGCAUCUCCCAGGGCUCUGUUGCGAGGUGGGUUCUUCUCGUCCCCCUGAUGUGGCCAUAGGUAGACCACUUUGCUGACUAUAAAAAUCCCAUAGAGCACGCAAGCAGUGAAAAGCAGCAAUAAAUUCCUUUUGCUUUUUGGGCGUCUCCCACCCCAAAUCCUAAAGAUCCAGGAGCAGAGCAAUGUGAAUGAGAUCCUGAGUGUUCCUGCUCGAGCUGAGAUCAUUUCUCCAGAGAGUCUACAUGACAGCUGCUACAACAUUGCAACCUCCGGUGGGGCUGUAGUUGCAUGCUUUUUUUUUUUUUCCUUUUUCUUUCCAGGCUAAACUUAAAAGAAAAGGAGUUUGUUUAAGAAGUCUGUGCAUAGGCUGGGAAUAGGAAUUUGACUCUGUCACUCCAGUGCACAGAGUUGGAGCCUUUUAUCAGCAAGCUUGCUACCACUGGGGAACUGAUUUCUUUCUCUGAAUGAAUGGAGACAACUGUGUAAACAGAACUAGGCGGAGAUCACCACCAGCCAAAAUGUCACAGGCUGCCUGCCUUAUGAUUGUUCAUGUGAAAAAAAAAAAAAAUAAAAAAAAAAAUCGUAGAUUAUUUUAAACAUACCAGGAAGAGUGUGUUUACAGGGAAAUAACAUCCCCAGGAUAUAAUGAAUGAUUCCCUAAAAUUAUAAACAUAUAGAAAACAAAAGCAAAUAUCUCCCUGCCCUCUAUGAAGUCACUUUAAGCAAAUAUGAAUAGGGAUGUGAAAGCUAAUUUAUAAACUGGUUUGUUUGUUUAUAAUUAACUGGGAAAUGCCAAGUGAUUACAGAGUGAUUUGAGCUAUUUGUGAAGGUUUUAUCACCAAGGUUCCAUUUUAUUGAGGCAAUUUGGUCAUAAUCACUGGGAACAUUUUAUUUAUGGUAACAGAAUUCCUUGUGCAUGGACAGAAUUGUUGGUUCAUCACAACCGUUUAGCCAGAAAAUAACAAUGCUUCCAUUGUUUGAUUCAGUAUGAAUUUUGUUUGCAAAAAAAAUUGGACGAACAACAGCUUUCAUUUAUAACCUCUUACUCAUUGAAGGUGAGCGAGGGGUUAAGAUGGAAGCAACAGGGAGCAGGAAACUCUACUUCCUUUCCCCAAUCCCCCAAUGGGUUAAAUUAACAAAUAAAUGCCUACAGGAGUCAACAUGAUCCCUAUGAUUGCAUAAGAGAGCUUCAAAACGUCCCUCAUUCCCCUACCCGCUGUGAUACUAUCAUAUAAAAUUAUAUGGGGUACCUAGUGGUGGCUUUAAUUAUAAAAAUGCAGAGAAUCUAAAGUCUCCUUAGCCACAACCACCACCUAUGGUUGGGGGCUGAUAUAAUAUGCAAAGAUGGUGGACAUGCUAUUGUCAACCCCCCUAAAAUUUGGCCAGUUGAAUUUAACCCCUUAAGGACCACACUUCUGGAAUAAAAGGGAAUCAUGAUAUGUCACACAUGUCAUGUGUUCUUAAGGGGCUAAACCCCCCUCCCUCCCUGAUGGCUACGGGUUGCUAAGCCCCCAGCCUCUUCCACACCAAUAAAAAAUGAUCUGCCUAAUCUCCUCACCCUAAUAAUAGUGAGCCUUUUCUGUGAAGGAAAAUGUUAUACUAACCAUCAAAUGUCUUUCUUCUUAAAUCUUUUCUUCAUCCCCAGAAAAUAGAAAAAAUAAAUAAAAAUAAAAACAUUAAAGUCCCACCACAGCUAGUAAAAUAAAAAAAAAGACUGCAUUGAAAAAAAAAAUCAUAGUUGGCCCAUUGAUGACUUCACACAGGCUGACUUAUACCAGACAGUUGUUACCAUACUUACCAUAAUUUUCUUUUCCUGACCUUUAUCCAUGUCAGCAUAACAGAUGCGUUAAGCUCCUCCCUCUUAGCUGAUAGGACAGAAAUCUAAAAUUAAAAUACUGUUAUAUAAGGCAGUCAUCUCCCCAAAUCCAACAGUUUCAUAACCAACUCAGUCCAGGAAAAAAAGAAAAAAAAGGGAGGGUUUGUUGAUGCUGACAUUGAUAAAGGCCAGGAAAAGAAAACAAGAGUAAGUAUAGUAAUAGUUUCUGGUUUCCCUAUAGUUUCAACUAUAGGGGGUAAUAAAACACCAGAACACAAAUUCAAUGUUAAUAGAGUUUAAUUAAGCGUUAAUGACAGAGUCAAGGACAUUUCUCCUGAAAGUGGAGACAGAUGAACCAGAAACAUCUAGGCAGUAGUGCUUUACGAAAGUGUUGGAGGAAGACCAGGCAGCAGCCCUACACAUUUCCUCCGUGUAAUUAUCUACCAUAGACGCCCAAGAUGCCAAGACAGCCCUGAUAGAGUGAGCUUUAAUUCCUUCCGACACCAGUUUCUCAGAACUGAACUAAUCCAUCUACGAAUAGUAGAAAUAGAUGCAGACAUACAUUCAUGGUAACCAUAUGGUACAACAAAAAAAUCUGGUGGUCUUUCUAAAUUUCUUGGUAUAGUCAAGGUAUAUCCUUAGAGUCCUGACCACAACCAAAGUGUUCCAAAGAGAUUCUUCUUCUGAAGUAGAGUUUUGAUAGAAAGAAGGCAGAAUAAUGUCUUGGUUCAGAUGGAAUUUUGAGGGAACUUUCAGAGUCUAUUCAGGAACCAGUCUGAGAAUCGUCUUAUCUCCCAUAAAUUGGGUAAAUGGAUGUUCCGAGGAAAGAGCUUGUAGUUCUGAAACUCUACUGGCUGGGUUAAUAGCUAUAAGAAAUACAGACUUUAACAUUAAACCCCAUAGGGAUGAAGAAUCCAUAGGCUCAAUAGGUGUAUCCAUCAGGCUAUGUAACACAGUAGGCAGAUCCCAUGCAGGAAAUUAUUUGUUAAUGGGUGGUCUGAUUCUCAUCUGAGAAAGUGUUUAAUAGUCUAAGUGUCAGACUGGAUCCAACAGGCAAAUAUAAGGAAAGCAAAUACUAGAAGAACAACAACAAGCGUAUUACCGGACCUUAGACUGGACGUAUUAAACGCACCAAGAAUAAUACAAGACAAGCCGAGGUCAGGAUUACAGAAUAUAGAAUAAACGUAAGGAAAAAGCCAAUGGUCAAGGUCAAUAAGAAGGAAGAAUAGUCAAAGAUGAGCCAAGGUCAAAAUGCCAGAAUAUACAAGAAAUAAAUGCGUUCUCGGAUCAACCACAAAAUGGAAACCAUGACAGGGCAUCAAGCAAUAGGCAGAGUGACUUUAAAUAAGCUAAGGAGUGUUCUCAUUGGUUGUUGGGACCUGGUGACGCCAUUUGUGUGGGCACAUUGAUGACGUAACGAUGCAUGCAUGUCCGUUUCACCAGCAUUGCAUUCUGUGACUGUCCCUUUAAAUCGUGGCCUUUGGAAGCGGCCGGCGUCCAUGGAAAUGCCAGUGCGACUUCCGGCCAUGUAGCAUGGAGAGUGGAUGGAGACACGGCAAGAGGUAAGUUUACUCUCUCUGUGCCCGUGCGGUUUGGGCAUGGAGACACGAUUAUGCUGGCCAGGAGCAGGUGCAUGGUCACACCAGCCGGGCGCAGAGGCGUGGUCGCGCCGGCCGGACAUGGGCAUGAGACUGAAAUUUAGAAAUAGCAUAGAACGCGGAUAACUGUACCUUCAAAGAGCUAAGGCUCAAACCUUUCUCUAAGCCCUUUUGCAAGAAUUCCAACUAGUUAGAAAAAUUGAGGAAAUCCGAAUCUUUCCCAAUAGAAGAUGCACAAUUAACCUGCUCUCCAAAUCAUACAAUAUACUUUAGACUGUUUUCUUGCUUGAAAGAUUGUAUUCACCACACUCUUUGAUAAGCCUUUAGCUUUUAGGACAUUAUUUUCAAUUUCCAUGCCAUCAAAUAAAACUUGGCUGGGUCAUGUAGAACUGGACCUUGUGUCAAGAGAAUCCUUGUUAUUGGCAAUUCUUGUGACAGGCUCAGAAGCAGCAGAAAUUGUGGAAAAAUUGCUAUUACCUCCACCUAUUCCUUCCAGAUCUUCUUGAGUGUUUUCUGAAUUAGCAGAAGAGGAGGAAAUACAUAGUCCAGCUGAAAAUUAAAUUUUUGCAUUAGAGCAUCUUGACCUUUCGCUCUCGAGUAGAAUCUUCUUGAAAAGAACGAGGGUCUACAUAGUAUCGACUCAGAUAAUGUUCAUCAGGAGGUACUUGAAAGCUAGUAGGGCUUUGUAUACUGCCCUUAACUCCAGAAUGAACAUGAAAAUUCCACAAUGUCACAAGCCACAUUCCCUAGGCUAGAUGAUUCUUGUUUUGAACUCUCACCAUUUCCUGCUGGCAUCCAUGGUCAGAUGCUCCCACUCUGGAUCUAGAUGGAAGCCCCUAUGGAUAUUUUGCUCAUUCAUCCACCAUUGGAGAGAUAUUUUUACUUCCUCUGUCAUCCAAAUAUUUUGAUCAGGUUCUUGAUCUUCAUGAAUGAGCUGAUCUAAGAAAUUGCGCUGUGUUGUUCUGAGGUUCCAGUGUGCCCAUCUCACAAAUUCGAUUGUCAAGAACAGUGUUCCCAGAAGAAUCAUAUAAUCCUUGGGCUGGCCAUCAUGAAUUUGCAUGAUACUGCUUCUGAAACCUUUUCCAGUAGUCUGGCAAUUCUGUCUUCUGUUAAGGACAUCUAGUUUUGUUUCUUAUCUACAUUGGCCCCCAUAAAGUUAUCUGUUGUGAUGGUUGCAGUUAACUUUUAUUGAAGUUUACUAUCCAAACAUUAUCCAAACAUUUAAAUACAUAAAGGGAAUCAACACAGUAAAGGAGGAGACUAUAUUUAAAAGAAGACAUAGUCUUAAAUUAGAGGGGCAAAGGUUUAAACAUAAUAUCAGGAAGUAUUACUUUACUGAGAGGGUAGUGGAUGCAUGGAAUAGUCUUCCAGCUGAAGUGGUAGAGGUUAACACAGUAAAGGAGUUUAAGCAUGUGUGGGAUAGGCAUAAGGCUAUCCUAACUAUAAGAUAAGGCCAGGGACUAAUGAAAGUAUUUAUAAAAUUGGGCAGACUAGAUGGGCCGAAUGAUUCUUAUCUGCAGUCACAUUCUAAGUUUCUAUUUUUCUAUUCGCAAAUGAAAGAAACACAAAAUAGCUGUCAGUCUCCCUCGGUCUGGUUCUCCAUGCAAGAUCUUAUCUCAUGGAGUUUGAAUGAUCAUGAGAACGGUGAGGAAUCAGCCCAUAACUACACGGGAGGAUCUUGUUAAUGAUCUGAAGGCAGCUGGUUCCAUAGUCACCAAGAAAACAAUAGGUAACACACUAUGCUGGGAAGGACUGAAUUCCUGCAGUGACUGCAAGGUCCCCCUGCUCAAGAAAGCACAUGUACAGGCCCGUCUGAAGUUUGCCAAUGAACAUCUAAAUGAUUCAGAGCAGAACUGGGUAAAAGUCUUGUGGUCAAAUGACACCAUAUUCAAGCUCUUUGGCAUCAACUCAACUCGCCAUGUUUGGAGGAGAAGGAAUGCUUCCUAUGACCCCAAGAACACCAUCCCCACCGUCAAACAUGGAGGUGGAAACAUUAUGCAUUGGAGGUGCUUUUCUGCUAAGGGGACACGACAACUGCACUGCAUCAAAGGAACGAUGGAGGGGGCCAUGUACUGUCAACUCUUGGGAGAGAAUCUUCUCUUAAGGGCAUAAAAAAAGGGUUGUGGAUGGGUAUUCCAGCAUGACAAUGACCCAAAACACACAGCCAAGGCAACAAAGGGGUGGCUCAAGAAGAAGCACGUUGAGGUUCUGGAGUGGCCUAGCCAGUCUCCAGGCCUGAAUCCCAUUGAAAAUCUGUGGAGGGAGCUGAAGGUUCGAGUUGCCAAACGUCAGCUUCAAAACCUUAAUGACUUGGAGAGGAUCUGCAAUGAGGAGUGGGACAAAAUCCCUCCUGAGAUGUGUGCAAACCUGGUGGCCAACUACAAGAAAUGUCUGACCUCUGUGAUUGCCAACAAGGGUUUUUUCCACCAAGUACUAAGUCGAAGGGGUCAAAUACUUUUCUUCACUCAUUUACAUGCAAAUCAAUUUAUAGCUUUUUUUGACAUGCAUUUUUCUCGUUUUUUUUUUUUUUAUUAUUCUUUCUCUCACUGUUAAAAUACACAUACCAUUAAAAUUAUAGACUGAUAAUUUCUUUGUCAGUGGGCAAACGAUCAAAAUCAGCAGGGAAUCAAAUAAUUUUUUUCCCUUACUGUAUAUGCAGACACUUACCCUUUUAGUAAGGGGAAUAUAGUGAUGCUAAAAAAAUAGAUGAAAUACAAUAUAGUGUAUUUUAUACAACUUAAUAAGUGAGUACUGAAUGAUGGAUGCAUUUACAUGGGACAGAGCCAAAUAAGGAUAGGCUCAAGUCACAACUUCAAGGCUAUAUAAGGUAAUACCCGAACCUCUUAUAUUCUUUAAUCCUGGAGUACUUCAGAGAAAGGGAUAAAGCAUAAUGGGAGACAAGCUCUUAGUGUGAUACUGUAAAAGUAAUAAAAAACACCUUUUUAUUUUUAUAAAAUAAAAAGGUGUUUGUCCUGAUCAAAGUUCCCAUGUGGAACUGAAACGUUGACCUUUUUCUACACUUUUUCCAAGUAAAGGAGUUAUUUGUGAAUUACCUGGGAGUGUUGACUUUCCUGUUCUAUGUGUAUAUAUAUAUAUAUAUAUAUAUAUAUAUAUAUAUAUAUAUAUAUAUAUAUAUUAAGGCCUUUUGGCCUGUAAUUGUGGGAGGGGCGUAUGACACACACCUUCCCUACUUAAGGGACACCCCUUACCUGGCUCCAUACCGUUCGAGGUCAGCGCUGCAUCAGGAUCCACUUCCGGUUUCCCAUACGGCGCCAUCUUGGUUUUCAGAAACCCAUGAUUUCUUCCAGGGUAGCUGUGUCCUGGAAGCCCUUCUUGAAGGUCUUUUCCGCCCGUCCAGCUCCUUGUAUACUCCAGCCUUCGUCGAAGAUAACGUCCCAGGGACUUCAAAAUCGUAAGUCCGACGCCUGGAUCAUUCCCACGGCGUUCCGUUUUCCAACGGGUCCUCGCUUUACGGCUCUCCGGCCUUACGGCAAGGUCGCAAAUCAUACGUGGUUUUUCCCAUUUCGGUUCAAAAAUUUGUGCUAUAAUCCUUUCGGUAUGUUUCUAAUGUAUUCCAUAUGGUACUCAUGCACACCAUUUCGUGUCAUUUCAUUUUCAAUGCAUUUUACUGAAGCACUCAUUCAUGCUGCCUUCCGUUCGGUUUAAUUCAAUCGGUACAUAUCUUGCAUCUAGGUCGGUCAAACUUGAUGAAUAACACUGCUCUUUCUGUUCAUUAUAAUGGAGCUUUCGGCAGUUUGCUCAGUAAUGCACGCAUUCGUUCACUUUUUUCCAUACGGCAAACUCUGGUUCUGUUUUAUAGUAGACCAAUUCGGUUCAUAUACCUUGUUAUGCACUGUUAUAAAUUCGUUUAAAAUCGGUCAUACCUAUAUAUACAUACUUAUUCAUAUCAUACUAGGUUUUACAUCUUGAUCAAUAUUUUCUCAUGUAUAUUGGUUAAUUUAUAGUUAAUUUAAGUUACUUAUUAUAGAUAUUUUAGGUACAUUACAGUAAUGGUUUAUGGCUUAUUCCUAAAGUCUUAUGAAGAUCAUGCUUUUAUUCAACCAUGUACAUCAGGAUUACAUGGCUCUUACAUUUUCAGACCAUUUCUUGACAUACUCAGACGACAUACCACGAGUAUACAAGAACACAGUCUUAUCUUUCACAGAUUUCGGGUUGAAUCACACGCUUUGGUUCAACCAUUCAUACGUCACGUUACAAAAAACUUUUUGUCACUUCACAAAAAUUCAACCUCAUCCACAUCAUCCCAAUUUUAUGCCACGGCGCAUAUAUAUAUUCCAUACAUAAUCAUUCCAACCCUCCCUGCACUUUUAAUACUCAAACCCUAGCAUUUCCCACAUCACUUAGUGACAUACGUAUCAUCUGGUCACCCUCUGUAGACACACAUACAGGGCAAAGCCCCUACUACCCGGUUCAAACUCAGCUUUACGCCUAGCAUGGGCCAGUCAUGUCACUAUCAUACGCAUAGUCUAUUUACCUCCCGCAAAUACUGGUAGAAACCCAAACCCCACUUUUUCAUACUACAGGUCUCACAGGAGCCAUGCUCACUCCAUCACUUUUGUUUCUAUCCAUUUAGGUUUAUCCAGGUAUUGUUAUACCUGUCGAAUCUCAAAGCUUUAUACAUACUACCAGGUACGUAAGCCUGCUCACGUUGUAGUUCACAUACAUUUCAUUUUCCCCUAGGCCAUAGAGUACUGGCAAGUUAGGGGUAUAGGCCCAAUAGGUAUCUCCCUUCUUGGCAUUCUGCCUAUCGUUUAGUGUUGGCGAGGCCAACUCCCCGCCUCAACGUUUCGGAGGCAAACGCCCACCGGGCCACACGUGAGUUAGCCGCUUCGCAAUAUUAUAGAGAGGGCCUCACCUGUCACUCCCUUCCCUCGUUUUUCUUUUACUAUCACCGAGAGGCCUACGAUUCCUGCCACUACGACGGGUGGCCUCAAUAUCCCCUCGCGCCAACGCAUAGACAGAGCCUCUCAUAGCCACUUGGCAACUAGCAGGGCCUCACCUGUCACCAAACAAGAUUAAUUUAUCGCCUUUCUGGCCUAGUUAGCCUGCCAGUACAACCCCUGGGUUCCAUACACUAACCAACAUAUUUUGUCAUUUAGUAUGUCUCAAGAAGGCGUAGAGGAUUUCUCCCUACCGGGCACCCCGGCUAGAGCACACUCCCCAUCACAGGGAGGAGAGGUGGCUACUCCAGCAUCUUUCAGGUCAUGGACAAUCCCUCGCAUAACCAACGAACUCAGGAGACGGCAAAUCCCGUUCCCCGCAACAGCAAGGAAAGCGGAACUCUACAAGUUACUGCACACCUCUACCGAUAACAUUGAUGCCGGGGAAGGGACUAGCCAGUCUAACCCGGGAGAAAUACACGGCAUGCUCUCAUCCCUCAUGGCAUCCAUGAGCAAGGUCAAUUCCAGGCUGGAGAAACUCGAAUCGGUCACCACAGCCCUUACCAUGGCUAGGCCAGCCGCUGCGACCCCUCCAGCAAUGGUCGAGUUGCAAUCAGUUUCUCCAGCCACCACCUCUGAUGAUCAAGAGGUUAACCCUGCUCAUAUGAUACCUGAGCACCUCAAAAGAGAUAUCCUAGAAGGUAAAGAUGUCAACUUGGCUUCAUUGCUGAUUGCCUCCCAGGAUGUGGUGGAACAUAAGACUUAUGCUUAUGAUGAUAUUUCUGUGGUGGUCAAAUCUAGGGAUGCCCGACUAAACAGGAAACUGACCAUCCCUGAAUUUGUGUUGGCAUUUGGCAUUUAUUGUGAUGUUAUCUGUGCAGUAUAUCCCCACAGACGUGAGGAGUUUGAUUUGUAUAUGCACAAGCUGGUGGACCUGGGCAACAAAUAUGGUGGGUCAGCUUUCUAUGAUUACCAUAGAUCUUUUUCUGCCAAGGUGUCUGGCGCUUUCUCCCAGUACGGGACAAGGCCCAACUGGAGCAAGAUUGAUACAGUCAUUUUCUGCAGACACUUUGCAGGUCUAAGAACGCCGGCUUGUGCAUACUGCUCCUCCAUGGCUCAUACGGCUAAUUUCUGUCCAACCACUGCGAGCAAACCUGCCCCCUCGCAGGGCACUAGUUCCACUGGCUCUGCAGAAAAAACACCCAAAGACAAACUGGGAUGGCCUAUCAAGUUCCUGGGCAAGUCCCAGAUAUGUAAUAACUUUAAUGUAGGAUCAUGUAAUUACAAUGGAUGUCGGCUUUUGCAUAUAUGUUUAAAAUGUUACAGGGUUCAUGCCAAAACCAUGUGUCCAAAUAAAAUGUAUCCUAAACAAUACUUAACCUCGAUAAACAUUUCUGUACGUACGAUAUUACUGUCACAUCAUCCUUCUAGACAUUUGUUAGAAUUCAUUAUAUCGGGUCUGUCAGAAGGAUUCCACACAGGUCUCAUACACAUGCCUUCCGGAAUCCUGGAAUGUCCAAAUUUACAAUCCGCACAGCAAAAUCCUACAGCGGUUGAAACACUCAUAGCCAAGGAAGUGGCAGAGGGCUUCCUAUUGGGGCCCUUCCAGUCCCCUCCUUUCACCACAUGGCGGACAAACCCCAUCGGUAUUGUCACGGGGAAAUUUUCCCACAAACAGAGACUUAUCAUCGAUCUAUCGGCACCACACACCUCUGCCACUCCUAGUCUGAACUCCCUCAUACCCUCUGAGGAAUUUUCACUGCAAUAUUCCACCAUAGAUCACGCCAUUACAGCUAUCAUGCAGGCAGGGGUCGGAGCAUGGCUCAGUAAUACCGAUAUAACAAAUGCUUUCAAGUUGCUGCCUAUCAAUCCUACACUCUGGCACCUACAUGGCAUCAAGUGGGCCGGGAACUACUACUUUUUCUCACGAUUAACUUUUGGUUCCAAAAGUAGUCCAGCCAUUUUCGACGUAUUCGCCGAAACCCUAUGCUGGUUAUUAUUAAAUAUAGCCAGAUGCCCUACAGUUAUACAUUAUCUGGAUGAUUUCUUACUGGUCGAGGAGAAUAUUUCACCUCCCAGUAGCCUCAAAGAAACCAUCAGUCUUUUCACACAGUUGGGUGUCCCAGUCUCCCCCACCAAGACUGAAGGACCAAAUACCUUCAUCACAUUCCUGGGUAUUAUACUAGACUCAGCCACCAUGCAAGCGAGCCUGCCACGUACGAAGGUAGAAAACAUUCUUACAAACAUAAAUCUCUACAUACUACUCAGUAACUGCAACCGCAAAGAACUACAGUCUCUGCUGGGGUCACUAAAUUUUGCCAUGCGCAUCAUACCUCAAGGCCGUGCUUUCAUCUCACGACUCCUUCACAUGUUCACACUUUUCAGACAUGAUGCACACAGGUUAUCCCUGGAUACCGUAGCCACGGCAGACCUACUCAUGUGGAGAAAUUUUUUAACCACCUGGAAUGGUAAAAGUAUGUUCCUCCCUGAAUUGUCUGACUCCUCACCUACCAUCUGGUCAGACGCGGCGUCUACCACAGGUUUUGCAGCAAUUUACAGGAACAAAUGGCUUUGGGGUAGCUGGCCUUCAGAAGUUAAGGACCUGGAAGGUUUUUACACUACCUCAGCUCUGUUUGAGAUAUAUUCCAUAGUGGCGGCUGCGUGGCAUGGGGGCAUUUAUGGGCAGGUUCGCCAAUACGUUGCUACUCAGACAACCAAGCAACCUGCCACAUUAUUAACAAAGGCCGAUCCAAAUCACUGACUAUUAUGAGAUUCCUGAGGAAACUCACUUGAUUGGCUGCAUGUCAUAAUUUCUUCUUGUUUUGUGUUCAUGUUCCAGGUGUAUGUAACACGGCUGCUGACAAUUUGUCUCGUUUUAAUUUCCAGGCUUUUCAUCAAAUCCUCCCGUCAGCCGCACUCACAGCCACGACAACUCCACUAUUCCACCAUCUAGUAAUGGACUAGACGCUAUCAUGCAACAUAGCAGAACAUUGGCCCAAUUAGCACUGUCUACUAAUACCCAUAAAACAUAUGACAGAGCUUUCAUUUUAUUUAAAAGAUUCCUUUCGGAACACAACAUCUUACAACCUUUCAUCAUGACAUCCUUGUUGGGCUUUGCUUCUUUUUGCCACCUCAGACUCAAAUUAUCAAACACAAUCAAACUAUAUCUGACAGGCAUCCAACAUCACAUGCUAACUUUACAACCCAACAGUUCGAGUUUUAUGUCCGCCUACCAAAUUAAGAACCUUUCUUAGGGGUAUUCAGAAAUCCGAACCUUCACGUACGGCCCAGAGACUACCUAUAGAUUUCCAUAUUUUUAAAGACUUAUCCAACUUAAUAGAUUUAAAACCUUUUUCCAACAGCACAAACCUUGUCAUUAAAACCGCCAUAUACGUAGCUUUUUAAUGGAUUCUUGAGACCAAGAGAAUUUACCACCAUCAGCACAACACAGUCCACUCACAUCUUACUUCAAUCACACUUAACAAAACACUUGGACUCAUAUCUUGACCCUGCCUCAUUCCAAAACCAGUCAACAUGCACCUCCAGUAGAGGUUAAGUACUAUCCUACUCACAACAGGUGGUGCCCCGUCAAACUACUGGAUUCAUAUACCCAGCAUAACAACGCAUCACCAGAUCAACCACUUUUCAGUCUACAAGGUUCUGUACUCACUACCACCACCUUCAUGACCCACGUUGGGUUCUUACUUACCCAACUGGGCCUCAAAUCAGCUAACUAUUCAGGCCACUCCUUCCGCAUAGGAGCGGCCUCCACAGCAUCCAGUGCAAACAUCCCAGUUCAUGUUAUCAAGUCACUGGGGUGCUGGAAAUCAUCAGCUUACUCUAGAUACUUACCUAACCCGGUACAAGAAGUAAGAAAUGCUUUUCAAAACAUGUCUGGUUAAAUGUACGUAAAUUGUUGGUAUGUAAUAAAUUAGAUUUUCUAUUUUUGCCCUCUUUAUUUACAGGCCUACCUCAUCGUCGGUUCCGGCACACCACAACCGACUUGCUCUUUUAAUACCAUCCUACACUUAUCAGUGUUUUCUUUCUUCUGUACUAUCAUGAGCCCUUACCACAAAUAUUAAGGGCUUUUGGCCUGUAAUUGUGGGAGGGGCGUAUGACACACACCUUCCCUACUUAAGGGACACCCCUUACCUGGCUCCAUACCGUUCGAGGUCAGCGCUGCAUCACCCUCCCAUCACUCCUCAUUAUUAACUCCUUUCUCUUUACAUUUCUUCUUGGUGGGCCCUCUUUAUUUACAGGCCUACCUCAUCGUCGGUUCCGGCACACCACAACCGACUUGCUCUUUUAAUACCAUCCUACACUUAUCAGUGUUUUGUUUCUUCUGUACUAUCAUGAGCCCUUACCACAAAUAUAUAUAUAUAUAUAUAUAUAUAUAUAUAGGUUCUGCUUACUUAUUUGAGAGACGAUGAACUGGGAUCUCAGUAUAACCACAUGUGUGCCACUGGGGGACACACACCUCCCUUCUUAGGACAAGCAGGUCUGACAGGAAUCUUUGAGAGUUAGUGUAAUUUCCACAUGAUUAUUUAGACAAUUAAAAACAAAUUAAAAUCUAUUAAAACAAAUAAAAUAUAUCAAGAUACCGAAGGUAGAAUAAAUGUCCACAGUCUUUCCUGAUAUCCAAAACAAGUUUCUCUGAUAUUUUUGGCUUCCCAACUGAGGAAGAAGCUUUGAAGCUCUGUAUGGAUGUAUUAUAGACAAAAAAAAAGUACAAUGGAAUAGCAUGUUUGUUUUGCGAUCAAAGUUCUAACUGUGCCAACAAAAAAUGAGAAAUGAAUGGGAUGAUUAAAAAUGAAAAAAAAAAAAAGUAGGGUAUAGCCACCAAUAAUGUACAACCCAACAUUUAAAAUGGACAAUUUUAGGGGUGUGAGUGGUGGAGUGGCCAGUUCUGAGAGAUUUUAGGUGACUUACAAAUAAAAAGGUAUAUGUCUACAUUGUAUUUUAGAAUACCAACAAUAUUUCUUAUUUACAUAAACUGGUUUCAAAACACAUUUAUUGUAGUUUAACCCCUUAAGGACAGCUUCAGAAGCUUGUCUUUCACUUAAUGACAACAGCAUUUUUUGCUGUUUACGUUCAACUGCAAUUUGCAUUUUACCAAUUUAUUGCACCAACACAUAUUAUAUACAGUUUUUUUAAAGGACAGAAAGGGCUUUAAUUUGAUGUAACAUAAAUAUAUAAAUGCUUAUUUAUUAUAAAAAAAAUACAGAAAAAUGCAAAACAAUUUAAAAAUGUGUUUUUUUUUUACAGUUUUUGCAAUAAUACUGUGUGCACAAUUAGUGCAAGUUAAGGAAAGUAAUUAAAAAUAAAUUAAUUUAGUUGUUCUGAUUUACAGAAUAUAUAAUGUGCCUGGGAUUUUAAGUUUUUUUUGGUAGUUACAGGUCACAAAGCACAAGGAGUAAAAUAAACUUUUAAUGUGGAGCGAUUUUAGAAUUUGGUAUUUUUGUCUUGUAAGCUUAAUAGCCAUAAAAGAAAACAAAAUUGCCACACAAAAGUAUAUAUUUAUAUAAAGUAGACAUCACGGGCUAUUUACCUAAGGUUGUUUUCACACUUUCUACGUAGCCAUUUCACCGCCAACCUCUGCUAAAUAGUGGAGUAAACUUGUGUUUUUUUUUGGUUUUUGGCAAACAAAUUUAUAACAAAGAAAUUCUCAUGUGUAUUUUGUAAAGUUGGUGUGUGCUAUUCCUGUACAAAGUUUUAUUUAGUGUUCAGUUACACCUGCUGAGUAAAAUGACACCCCCAUUGUAUGUCUUUGGCACUAUUUCAUGAAGUUACAGUGCCAUACAGGAUACCUGUCCUUUUCAGUAAUCACAGUAGAAUUUUGAGAGACGGAUUUAAUGAGCCUUUGCUUCCAUUUGGGGUAUUAUAACAGUUUGACUGUUCAAAAAAAACCCACAAAGGCCUACCAUUUGUAAAAGUAGACACUCCAGGGUAUCUCAUAAGGUGCAUAUUGUGCCUUAACAUGCCCUCAUUAUUUCACCAAUAUAUGCCAAAGUAUGUGGUAAAAAAUAAUUUUGGGCAUUUUUUUACAUACAGAUUGCAUUUUUGCUGGGCAUUUUGUAUAUUUCAUAUGUGCCACUAAGUUCAAAACCCCCAAAUUAUGUUCAGCUAAGUCUUCUGAUUAAAAAAGACACCCCCAAUGAAUGUCUUUGGCACUAUUUCAUGAAGCUACAGUGCCAUAUAGGAGACCAAGCCAUAUAAGUUUUCACCAAACUUUGAAUUUUGACGCUGGGCCUAUGUGCAAUUUCCAAGCAUCUUCGCAGGUUUUAAAUUCACACUACCCCACAAAGGCCUACCAUUUCUUAAAGUAGACACCCCAGGGUAUUUCAAAAGGUAUAUUUUGAACCUAAGUGUGGGAUCAUUUUUCCGCUAGCUUAUACCAAGUGUAGUGGUAAUAAGCUUUUUUUCUGCCUUUUUGACACACAAAGUGAGUUUGCACAGUAUAUUUUGCAAACCUUAUGUGUGCUACGACUGUAUAAUACUUCAUAUGUUGCUCAGCUAUGUGGUCUGAGUACAGCAAUACAUAUAUGUAUAUGUGGAUGUUGAAGGGGCACAUUUGAAGGGGCACAUUUGAGACGCAGCCAUUCAGUUUUUUUUCUAAACUUUGAAGUUUUACGCUGUGUCGAUGUUCCAAUUUGUAGUACCGUAUUUUCUGGCGUAUAAGACGACUGGGCGUAUAAGAUGACCCCCAACUUUUCCAGUUAAAAUAUAGAGUUUUGGAUAUACUCGCCGUAUAAGACUACCCCUCUUCCAAUGCACACCAAAUAAAAAUUAGCCAUGAUGUACAGUAAGCAGACAGAGCUACACAGCAAGACAUUAAAUAAUGAUAAUCUGAAAUAGCAUUUAAAGCCCAGGUAUGUGCCAGGCUGUUUGGGCAUAUAAUCCAUGCCUGCUGGUCUAGCACACAGGAGGCUAAUUGUGAUAUAUGCGCAUACUGCCAAUUCUUCACCUUUUCUGCUGUGACUACCGUAUUUUAAACCUGGCUGGACUCGGCUACCUGGAUUUGGGGAAUUUAUGGGGCAAACACUACCGAGGCUGGGUGAAAUGGGGCAAACUGUACUCAGACUGGGGUGGCAUGGGGCAAACACUAUACCAGCUUGUUGGCAUUGUGGAAAGUGCACUCAUGAUGUGUGGCAUGGAGCAUACACUAUACAGAAUAUUCUUCUUACUACUCCCCCUCCCUCCCCGUGUCCUUCUUACUCCCCCUCCCUCCCUAUGUUCUUUUUACUCACCCCCUCUGUUCUUUUUACUUUAUUUUUACUCCCCCCUCCAUUCUUUUUACUCCCCCCUGUGUAGAGUGGGUGGAUGAGAUCCUCUUCAUCCUGUCAGUCCGGCCGGGUACCGCGCGGUACAGGAGAUUCAGUUACCUGUUCCCGGCCGGACUGAAAGGAAGUGAGCACAGGAUGAAGAGGAGCUCGGCCACCCACUCUACAAUGGGAAGGGGAGGUGAGAAGAGAGGCAGUGCGGCAGCCGUCUGAGCGCCCUAGGCAGCCAUAUAGAUGACCCUAUACCCUAUACCCGGCGUAUAAGACGACCCCCGACUUUUGAGAAGAUUUUCCAGGGUUAAAAAGUCAUCUUAUACGCCGGAAAAUACGGUAGUUUAGAUGGUUGGUUAUUGAAACUUCCCCACAAACACAUACUAUUUAUUAAAGAAUACACCCUGGGGUAAUUCAAAAGGCAUAUUUUGAACCUUGGCGUGGGAUCAUUUUUUCUCUAGUUUGUUCCAGGUGUAGUGAUAACAAGCGUUUUUAAAAGUUUUUUUUUUUAAAGUUUUUUACUUUUUAAAACUAGUUUUUAAACUUUUGUUUUGCUUAUUAAUUUUUGUAAACUUUCCUAAACUUUCUUAAAACUUUUUUUUACAGAUUUAACAUUUUUCUAAGCUUUUUUUUUUUUUACCAUUAACCCCUAACUAGCAGUAAGCAGCACUAACAGUAAAUUCCCCAUUUUCCCAUAACUACCACCCACCCCAGCUAGCAAAAUAUAUAAUUAUAAAAUAUUUAAAUUAGUUAAUUAAAUAAAUUGAACUCCUGAGGGUUAAAAAAUAAAUAAAAGUUAAUCGUCAUGGGUUACAUAGUUACAUAGUUACAUAGCUGAAAAGAGACUUGCGUCCAUCAAGUACAGCCUACCUCACAUUUGUUUUUUGCUAUUGAUCCAAAAGAAGGCAAAAAACCCCAGUUUGAAGCACAAUUUACAACAAGCUAGGAAAAAAAUUCCUUCUUCACCCCAGAAUGGCAGUCAGAUUUAUCCUUGGAUCAAGCAGUUAUUAACCUACAUUGAAAGAUUAUAUCCUUGAAUAUUCUGUUCUUGCAAACAGUAUAAUACUGUGAUCUGUAUUUUGAUCACUGUAGGCAGUGAUCGACUGGCAGGGAAGGGGUUAAUUUUUAUUUGGACUGGGUAAAUGGUUUAUUUUUUAUUUUUUACUUAAACGUUAUUAAAACUUUUUUUAACUUAAUUUUUAACUUUUUAAAGCUUAUUUUAAAACUUUUUUAACGUUAACCCCUAGUUAGCCUAACACCAAAUCCCCCAAUUUCCCACUAACUUCCACCCACCCCAGCUAGCUAAAUUUAUAUUUUUAAAAUACUUAAAUUAAUUAAUAAAAUAAAUUUAACCCCUGAGGGUUAAAAAAAAAAAAAUCAGAUCAUAGUAAAAUGUAAUCCCUGCCAAUUGAUCACUGUAGUCAGGGUUAAAAAGUCAUCUUAUACGCCGGAAAAUACGGUAGUUUAGAUGGUUGGUUAUUGAAACUUCCCCACAAACACAUACUAUUUAUUAAAGAAUACACCCUGGGGUAAUUCAAAAGGCAUAUGUUGAACCUUGGCGUGGGAUCAUUUUUUCUCUAGUUUGUUCCAGGUGUAGUGGUAACAAGCGUUUUUAAAAGUUUUUUUUUUAUUAAAAUGGGUAAAGGGGUGUGGGAUUUUAAAUUAACUUUAUUUAUUUUUUUCUAACAGGGACAAGAUCAGUGAGGAUCCGUCUCCCUGCACUUCACAGUGAAGUGCAGUUAGGCGGAAGGUGAGUAUACGGAGCACAUGUGCUCGCUCUGACAGGCUGUCAGAGCGAGCACCGGUGCUGGGGCAGCGAGAUCGGGUGCUCCCGGUCUGCCUCUAAUACAGAGGCAGACCGGAGCACCAUUAACCCUGUGAUCGCCGCGAUCUGGGGUUAAUUUUACCGCGUGACGGACGAGGUUCGUCACUCGUCCUUAAGGGUUUCCCCUGAGUGACGGUCCUCGUCCGUCACUCGUCAUUAAGGAGUUAAAGAUACAUUAUUGUGAGUUUUAUUGUGGUGGAGCUCUGUUAUUCCUUUAGACACACUAACAGUAUGGAUCUCCAAGAAAAGAGGACUUUUGGGAUAGAAAAGAGCGAGAGAAAGAUUUUGACCCAUGAUAGGGACUGCUCCUCCUAAAUAGGGAGAUAUGUCAUGAUAUGACCAGGGGUAGUUUGCAUCCCUGACAGAUUACAACAUAUUUCUUAACCCCUAACCCAUGACACUUUUUUAUAGUUUUAAGUCUGCCACUCAUUAUGUGUGAGUAAAAUGUGAGGUUUGGAGCAGGUAGGCACCAAAGUGGUGUAUAUAGAUGACAAAUGAGCAGUUUAGUUGAGAUAAACACCUUUGUUAUAAGUGAUCAUUUUAUUUUAUGUGAGUUCCAAAUAGAAUUCACUUUAAAAAAAAUCAACUUAAAUUAGUAUGUGGACCACUAGGGGUCUCUCUCCUAACAUAAAGUAAAAAAAAAAGUAUAGUAAUGUGGAAUAUUUGCAUAGUUAUACUGUGCAUAAAACAAAUUGCUGAUCUGGUAUAUUUAUGGAUUGAUCUUAAAAGUUGUUCCUCUUUCUUUAAAAUUUGCUGAUCAAGGAUAUUCCAGAUGAAAGCUGUUUACAUUUCAGUAGCAUUGCCUUGUGAUUUUGGACAAGCUGUUUAUGAGGUAAACAGUACUCUACCAUCAGCAAAUGAUAUAAUUAUUGUCUAAUAAGCCCAGCAAACCUUUUUUUGGGGGGUUCAAGAAAUCGACAAAUACAGAUUGAGUGCAACAUACAAUGCAUUAUUGUGUUAUACAAAAGAAUUUCUGCUACUUUGAGAUCACAAAAAACAAAUGUAACAUGUAAUAAAGAGCAUCAUGAACAUAAUCAAUGUUUUAAUGUCAACAUAUUUAAUGUGCUCUAGUAGGGUACGGUGAGCGGGGUUGCAUCAAUCCGGUGGAUGUAGGUAGGGUAAUUAACAAAGAAAGGGGGUGGGGGAAACGGAGAAGGUAACAGCUUAAUGGUGUGCUUAAAUUUUGGAAGUUGUGUCGAUUUUGAUGAGUAGGUUUGUCCACAUCUCAAUGACUCUCUAGCAUUCUGUGAUGGAUAAAGCUGACAUUCGUUCGUAAAUGCUGUACUCAUUAGUUUUGUCUAUCAAUGGCACUCUUUGUAGGGCAUAUAUUUAGAUUCCAGUUGGUAGCUAUUAAAUUAUGGGCGGCUAAAAUGAUUAGGGCCAUGAGUUGUUUGGUAGGUUUGUGUACUCCCAGAUAAGGAGCGCUCGAAAGGGAAAGAGGUUGUUGUCACAGUACCCAGGAGAACUCUGUAACACAGAGAGAGUGCUUUGGAUUUUUCCUGGGCUGUGCCAGCACCGGUUGUAUUUCAUUAGCUGUUUCUGUAAAGUCAGCAGAUUUAUAAACUUGUGAGGACAUUACACUUUUAAAUUGUAAAUACUGGAACACAAAAGACUUCAGUAGGUUGAAGUUUUUCUGCAGAACUGGAAAGGGCAGAAUAGUACCCUGACAUCUCACAUCCUCUAUGGUGUGGACCCCUUUUUUGGACCAUGCCUGUAAAUAAAUUUCUGGAGAGAUGGCCUGCAAGGCCGUUAACGGAGCAUUUUGGUUGAGAGUAUUGCCACUAGGUUUAUUGCAGACUCUUACAGGGCAGCUUUAUAGUAAAGCAGGACAUUGGGUAGGUCCACUCCUCCAGCCUUAGGGUGUGUUUCUGCACUAAGGAGUGUAAAAAUCUGGGUUGCUUCAACACCCAAAUGUAUGAGGAGCAGAGCUUUUGAAUUUGGUUACAAAAAGAGGAGGGUAUAUCUAUUUUGCACAUGUGUAUUAGUGGUUUGUAAUUUGCUGUGUAAAGGCCUUGUUGUUUUGGAGCCAGUUGAACUCCUAGGUAUUGAAUAUUAGUGAUUCUCCAGUCAAAGUCAUGGGCGUGUUUAAGCUGUGUGAUUGUGUAAGUAGGGAGAUGUAUUGACAACGCUUGCAUCUUAUGCAUGUUCAGUUUAUAGUAGGAUACAUGGCUGUAGUCUUGUAAAGGAUUAAGUAGGUUCGGUACCGACGUGGUUGGGUUGGUCAACGUCAGCAGACAUUGACCGUUUAUACUAGUAGUGUGCGAGUUUGAUGCCUGUGAAUUGAUCAUUGUGCCUUAUUCUGUAGGCCAAUGGUUCUAGUGACAAUAUGAACAGGAGGAGUAAGAGUGGGCAUCCCUGUAAGGAUCUGUUAGAAAUGCUAAAUGGGAAGGAAAGGAAGCCUGCAUUAGAGGGAUAGCAAUGUCUCAGACUGAACAUUGAGUGGUUUAUGUGUAUCUAUAGAAUCUCAAGAUGUAGAUUUUAUAUUAAAUGUUUUGUGUUUUUAAACUAUGUUUAGGAUUAAAGGACCACUAUAGUGCCAGGAAAACAUACUCGUUUUCCUGGCACUAUAGUGCCCUGAGGGUGCCCCCACCCUCAGGGUCCCCUCCCGCCCGGCUCUGGAAGGGGGAAAGGGGUUUAAACUUACCUUUUUCCAGUGCUGGACGGAGAGCUAUCCUCCCCCAAUCCUCCUCCGUUCCUCCUCCUGGGCUGAAUGCGCACGCGCGGCAAGAGCUGCGCGCGCAUUCAGCCGGUCACAUAGGAAAGCAUUCAUAAUGCUUUCCUAUGGAUGCUGGCGUGCUCUCACUGUGAUUUUCAUAGUGAGAAGCACGCAAGCCCCUCUAGUGGCUGUCAAUGAGACAGCCACUAGAGGAUUAGGCGGAAGGCUUAACCCAUUCAUAAAUAUAGCAGAGCUUUUAUGAAAAAAUGGGUUAACCCUAGCUGGACCUGGCACCCAGACCACUUCAUUAAGCUGAAGUGGCCUGGGUGCCUAGAGUGGUCCUUUAAUGUUAUGGUUAUGGUUAAAGCUAAAGUCUGGACUAGAAGUAGAGCUAUGGGUUAUUUAAAUCAUAGGGAUUUUUAGGAACUGCACUAAUACAAACAUACAAAAAGAGCAGCUGCUGUUUUUAAUGAAGUAUCCCAUUCCUUUUUAUAUAGGACUAGACAGGAGCUGAGAAACAACUAUAACUUUUUUCUUCUUAGCCUUUCUUCUGACAUAUCAGUCAGAGUCAGAUUUGCCACUAGCCUGCCUUGGGCAGCAGGCAGAAGAGAAGUGACAUGGCCAGUGGGGAGUUUUAACACCUCUCUCAUGGGCCAACCUAUUCUCCUGCUGUGUAGCUCAGGCAGACUGGGGAGAUAUCCUGGUCGGCCCCUGCAGGACCGGUGUGCAUCUGAGGAUCUCCCUUGUAAUAUUUCAGAUUACUGCAGCAAUGCUCUGAUACAUUUCCCGGCUGUAAAAUAUUGCCAAUUCUAUUCACAUUAGAUAUGGGUGUCUGUAUUGAGCACAUGUAAGAGAUGGUAUCAGUAAGUCACAUAGCUUUUUUUUGUCUGAGAAUUCGGGAAUGUGGUUCUGAACCAAUAGGAAUCACCCUAAAAACAGCAUUGCUUAACUACACCCAGCACUCACAAGCAACCAGGCCCUGCAGAAUCUUCUAAGCAGAGGUAUCAUCUCUGGAAGAUCUAUUCAGGAAUUCCUGUUCUACUUAUUGUUUCUUUUUAUUUCUUAAUUUAAAAUUGUGUUCUUUUCCACCUUAAGGGGUUAAAUAGACAAUCCACUGUACAAAUACAAAAUAAAGAAGAAAAAAACAGUUUAAUAGAUAUAGUCCAAAUGAAAACGUGCAUGUAUUUAAUUAUGCAUAUUUUCAUUGGAGUUAUAUCUAAAAACAGUUCACAAAAUUUGCAGUUUUCUUGUCUGUUGCCUUUGCAAGCCCUCCUCUAACCCCACCCAGACAUUCUGUGGCUGUCCAAACACAGAUUUUCCAAUGCUGUUCAAUGAGAAGUAUUUGCUUGGCAGGCAAUCUGAGCAAUUGCUGCCUCUUGAGUUUAGCUCCACGGAGCUAACCAAACCAGGAAGUAACAGGACCUACUGGCUGCUUGAAAGCCAGAGGGGUGUAACCAGGUUACUUAAUAAAGGUGUAAAUUUUAAUUAAAAUCUACACUUUUUGUAUAAAUUAGGACACACUUUUCACACAUAAGCUUUUCAGCAAACUAAAGUACUUUAGAGGUCUGGAGUGUCCCUUUACAGUUUGGGGUGUUAUAUUUUUGGUUGAGAGUUUUUCCACUAGGGGUACCCAAAAGGUAGAUCCCCAAACGUUUUAAAACUACAGAUUCCAUGAAGCUUUGUCAUUCUAAAGGCAUGCAAAGCAUCAUGGGAGAUGUAGUUCUACAAUAUCUAAGGAUCUACCAUUUGGGCAACCCUGUUUAGCACAAUAUUUUUCUGCAGCUGUUUUUGAAAGUAGCUAGUACCUUUAUCACACUAAUAACUUGAUUUCUCAUAUUUCAGGAUAUCAGAACAUAUAUCUUUUUUGGAGGAUAACUGGUUUCCUGAUACCUGUUCCCAAUUAUUUAUAUAAGUAAUGUCAUGGUCCUUUUUAUAAAUAUAAAAGUGUUGUUUAUUCAACUGUCCUCUAGAUGUCACUUUUGUGCUGCUAAAAUUUGAAGCUUUUUUAAAGUUUGUAUACCAGUCACUUUAAUGUGUUCUUUUUUUUUUUUUUUUUUUUUUUUUUUUUUUUUUUUUUUUUUUAAUUCUUUAUUUUUGUGGUGCAUUCAGUUAAUACAGUCGCUUGUUGUGCCACAAUAGCAAUAACAAGUAGAGUGGGUGACAUUGUUAAAACAGGCUUGUGGAAUAGAAAGGUACUGCACACAUUUUUUAACAGAUUGGUAAACAGGAUUUUCCCCUGGUUUUCAUAAAAAACAAAAGGUAACUUUUCUUGGCUAACUAGGAAGCAUUACCCAGUAGUCACAAUAAAAGGAAAACAGGCUAAGACAUGGAAUUAUAUGACUGAGCUAAACACAUCUAUCGCGGUGUCUGCCUAUGCAGAGUCAUUAUGUUAAUGUAAUUUUAAAUGUGCUAUACUGGGUGAAAAUACGACAAGCUUCAAGUAGAUAACCAUGGGAUAAAGGCUUGUUCCUCAUGUCUAAGCUAUAGAACUUGUUUUGGUAGCUCAGAGAGGCUGGCUAGGCAUGAGGGGUAAAACUCUAUAAUAAAACGUUGCUUGUCAUGCUUAUGUUUCGAAGGUAUGGAGCCAUCUCUACAUGGCUCACUAUUUUUAAUGCAGUAUGUGUGUAAAGAGAAGUCAAGCUGGCAUUAGCUAUUAAGGUAAAGAGUCAUUGAUAACGUUCUGUCCCUACGGUAGCAACUAAAGAGAAAUGUUGUGGUUACUUGAUGCGGGUAGUCCGCACAUCGAGGACUGUAAGCGUGCCCUCCAUAUGCAGGUGAGGCAUGUCCACUUGAGGGGCACAAAGGCAGGCCUUUAGCCGAUGCCCGUUGCUUGAACGUGUCUCUUGCCAUCGACGUUUGACUCCUCGAAGGCGCCCCUGGACUGGGACUCCGCUCCAGCAGCUUUCAGUGGCAUGUUUAGCUGUGCCUCUCCCCAGUUUGCGGUUGUAGCUUGGAGGGACGGGUUCAAGCUCCGCCGAGCGCCGGUUCUCGGGUCAGGUGAGUAGCUGGCGUGGAAGGCUGGUUUAAUGGUCUUUGUCUCCUUAAUGUGGGGGCAGGUGCGGUCGCCCAUGGAACAUGGCGUUGUUUCCCGCCCAUGAGAGCGGCGGUGUUUGCGUAGCCUGGCGGCCUUCCCGGAUGCUUGUGGUGGGUGUCUAUAAUGGCGCCGGCGGGUCACUGGACGAAUCCAUGUAGCCACUAGUUUUGCUGCCAGGCGGUAAGCCAUUCCGCGUUCGCGCAGCAUUGUCCAGAGGCUCUCGCAAAGCCGGUCAAAUUCCCGCAGGGGGUGUGUGGAUGGUUGGGCGUAUGUGCUCUGCUUUUGGGGUCCUCGAUGGGCGGCCAUCUUUGCUGCGUCCUAGUGGCCUGGUGGUUGCCGGAGCUGUGCUGGCCGCGUGGGACAGUUCUCGCUUUGGUUUUCCCGCUGUGUCUCAAGCUUGAAAUACCGGGAUAUCCCUCACCGGCAGGGGGGGGGAAGUGUACCGGGGAGACCUUCAAGUGAAUGGCUGCAGGUGGUAUGGAUAUCAGGCACCUCCCUCGCCUUGUCUGAGUAGGCCUCGGGUCUAUCUCCGGUUAGAUGCCUCCGAUUUCGGUCGGGAUAGUUGUCGCUGGGCUCUGCAUUUAAGUGCUCACUUCCCUAAGUCGUUUAAUCAGUUCUGAUCAUCUCUGCAUUUGCGCCGUCCAAUCAUAGGUUUCUCAUAGUGAAGCUUGUGAGUGAAAAAUUUUGCAUUGUCUUUUUAAAUUGGGAGACACAUAAGGAGGAUCAAGGAUGUGUGAUAUUCCUGUACAAAGCACAAUAUUGGGUUCAGCUACAUUUUCCGAGUGGAACAAUACCCACAAUGUAUGUCGUAGACAUCAUCCUGUGAACAGAGGCGUAACUAGAAACUACCGGGUCCCAGUGCAAAAAAUGCACUGAGCCCACCCAUGUGUCUCAUCUUUACCCAGCCCUACCAAGGGUCUUAUUCUCGCUACCCAGCCCCUCGAUGAGUCUUAUCCCCCCCCUCCCCCUACAUCCCCUUUCAUACCUGUUCUCCAUGUUUUCAGCUGUACAUGCAUAGUGGCCAGGCCCCCUGUAGUGACAGGCCUGUAACCGUGGUAGUUACACCAUUGCCCUUAAAGCUACAGACCUAAUAUUUGACAGACCUAAGUCUCUUUUUAGGGGAAUCAUAGCAGUUUGUUCAAAUAACCCAAUGAAGACCAACCAUUUGUGAAAGUAGACGCUCUGGAGUAUCACAUAUGGUGUAUAUUGUGCCUUAAUGUGUUGCUGUUUUCUCACCAUUUAUGUAAAAAUGUUGACAUGCAUGUUGCAUUUUUACUAGAUAUUUUGUAAAUCAGAUGUGUGCCACUGUGAUAAACGUCAAAAACAAAUUAUGCUCAGCAAUGUCUUCUGAGUACAAAAAUGCCCUCAAUGUAUGGAUUUGCACUAUUUUGUGAUAUUGCAGUGCCAAAUAAGAGAGCAUUCUAACAUUUGCUACUUCAUACUACCUCACUAAAGCCUACCAUUUCUUAAAGAAGCCUCGGGAUAUCUCAAAUAGCAUAUUUUAAUCCUUAUCUUGGGGCCAUUUUUCACUAGUUUGUACCAAGUGUAGUGGGAAUAACCAUAUUUCUGCCUUUUUAACACUCAUAUUAAAAUUGUCUUGCAUAUUUUGUAAUCCUCAUUUGUUCCUCAAUAGUAGUCUCAGCUAUGUCUUCUAAAUACAGCAGCAACUUCAUGUGUACCUUUACCAGGUAUAUGUGGAUGUCUAAGGGGCAAAUAUGAGACAAGGACAUUUCAGAUUUUUCAAACUUUGAAUUUUGAUACUGGGCCCAUUUUCCAUUUUGGAGCAUUCUAGCAGAUUGUUUGUUCAAACUACCCCAGAUGCCUAGCAUUUCUUGAAGACACUUCAGGGUAUCUCAAAUUUCUUAUUUUGAUCCUUAUCAUGGGGCCAUUUUUCAGCUAGUUUUUACCAAGUGUAGUGGGAAUACGUGUGUUUUAUGUCUUUUUGACACUCAUUGAGAUUUUCUUUUGUAAUCCUUGUGUGUGCUACAGCAUUAAAAUAACUAAUGUGUCUCUCAGCUAUGUCUUCUGAGUACAGCAAUACCUCCAUGUGUACCUUUGUCAAGUAUAUGUCGAUGUUUAAGGGGCAAAUAUGAGAAACAGCCAUUUCAUUUUUUUCAGAUUUAGAAUUUUGAUGCUGGGCCCAUGUUCCAUGUAUGGCCAGGCUUCAACUAUAAAGGGAGUGCUCGUGAAGCAGUACGGUGGGAGAGGACUUCAAAAUCUGGAUGGUCCCGCCAAAAGAGGGACUAUUGUGAGGUCUACCUUUACACAGUGGCACCCAAACAAAUACAAAGAUGUUUUGGUAGAAAAGUAUAUCAUGGAUUGUAAAUAAUUGUAAAUCUAAAGCGGAUUAGCACAAUAAUGGUGACUAAAUUCACUUCCAGUUACGUCAAUAUGUUUAUGGAAUAUUGGGAAGGGAGUUUGUUGUUAGUAAUCACGGCUGGGCGUGAAGUUUAAUAGAUUAUACUAUUUUUGUUUGGAAUGGUACACCAGGGUCUUUGAUAGAAUGUAUUGCAUUUUAAAUAGAAAUGAUUGGGGCAUUGUUUAAUCUCUAUUGUUAGCCAAGGGGAAAUUGUAUUUAAGAGUAUUUGAAAGAAUUUAUUGCAUUUUUAAAUGGAAAUGAUUGUGAAUGAUUUCUUUAAUCUCCUGUUUUAGCCAGAGAGAAAUUGUAUUUUUAGGUUUGCAAGUAUUACAGAUUCUGGAAGAAUGAAGACCAACGUGCAUUUUAAACAGAUAGAUAUGAAUAAUCAUAUUGAUUUUAUUAGUGGACACUUUUACCCAAGGUGACAAAUAUUUCCAAGUGCCAUUUGUUUUGAAUAAUUAUUACAAUUAUUUAAAAAUACAAGUAAUUAAAUGUUUGCAUUUUUUUUUUUAGAUAUAAAAAUUAUCCUAUGUAGGGCUGAGAAAACAGCUUUUAAAGGAUAAACACACAAAUAUUUAGAAGGAGAAUACCAUCAAUAUGAAUUUGGACUAGACUAGAACAUAUAUUAAAACAAUUAAAUAAAUAUUGACAUUAAUUUUUUUUUUUAUAUUAUAUAUAUGUUGGGAAGUAAGCUUAAAAUCUGCUCUUAUUAAAAGCUAUUUGUAAGAUCCUCUGAAAAAAAGGCUUUUUUUUUUUAUUGUGGUCAGUUCUAUUAAUGCUCUUUAAUGUGUGUAGUGAGCAUUUAUAUAAAUAUUUUUAUAAAUUAAUUUUCUUUUUUUAUUACAUGCGGGUCUUAGGAUAUGGUACAGUGGUAUUUAUAGCAAAAUUAUGGAUUGCUAAAGGAACUCUGGGCACUAUGUCAACUUCAUCUCAUUGGGCCAGGAUGAUGUCUUAAUUAAAAGAUUAAACUGUUUAUAAAUGUUUAACAUCAUCAGCACUUGUCCUCCUGGCCCCUAUGCCUCCUCCUCUUGCCCCUGCUUCAAUGUGGAAGCUUUUGACUAGGUGCCAGUUAUAGGCUGAGAGCAUCACUUUUAACAGUUUAACUCCUGAAAGUAAGACAGUACUCAGUAUACCACUUUUAUUAUGAAUAUACCACUUGAUAUAUUGCUUAUAUAAUAUAUAUUAUGAAUUAUUUUGAGUAUGAAUUUUUUUUGUGCAUUUUUAGCCUCUUAAACUUUGGUUAUGGAACUGGAAAAGCCCUAAAAUACAGGUUGGUUUUAGUGGACUUUUUAUUGUGGAGAUGUUACCAUAACAACCACAGGUCUGAAAAAUUCCAUUCGGCAAGACACCAGGCAGAAUAUGCAAUUGUAGCGCAGCAGAUUUUCAUAUUAAUUAAGAAACGCAUAUUGUGGGUUUAAAGGAACACUACCUGCAUUAUAACCACAACACUACACUGCAAACCUGUUUAGUACAAGUUAAUACCUUACCUGGAUCAUGUUGCAGAAUCCAGGGUAUCUAAGCCUGAACAAGAGGAAGAUCUGUUUUACUCGUUAGUGCUCACCAGGGUCUUGAUACCUUAACGUGAGACAGGGUAAAUGCACUCCUGGCACCAAAACCACUACAGUAGAUUGUGGUGUUUAUGGUGCUUGGAGUGUUCCUUUAAACACUAAAGGGUUCCCCCCUUCUGAAAGAGUAAGCUUUGCCUUUUAAAGGGACACUACAGGCACCCAGAUCACUUCAUCUCACUGAAGUCGAUUGGGUAGUAUAUCGUGACCCACUUUCCCAUUUUAACCCUGCAGCUGAAAACAGCAAUGUUUUCCUUCCAAUGCAUUCCUAUGGGAAAGCAUUAAAUUGGCUGAGCUCAUCGAUCUAGGUAAUCUGAGACAAGGAAAUUGGACGGCAGCAUAAAGACCAGUGCUGCGGAGGAGAAAAGGUAAGUACAACAAGCUUUUAUUUCUCCCUACAGGAGGGAGCCAGGGACCUGAACGGUCACCAGGGCGUUAUAGCAUUAGCAAGGCACUUAUGUAUUCCUAAUGUUAUUGUAACGAGCGCUUACCUUUCCUCGCCGGUCCCGCGCAGUGCCGGGUCCUCCUCCAAUACUUCCGGGGGGCCCACUAUAAAAGGGCUAUCAUGACACUUGUCAGAUGCCCUAGUGUGGUUCUUGUUUAAAGUCCCCUGGUGUUAUUAUCUCUGCUUGUCCUUCUUGGUAUUUGACCCUUGGCUAUCUCUUCGACUAUUCUGUUUUCUGGUUUCCCGUUACUUGGCUUGGAUAAUCGUGUGCCCGUCUUCCGUAUUCUCUUGACCUCUGGCUAUUCCUUUAACUAUUCUCAGACGCUAGUCCGGCCAUUCUAAGGUCCGGUAACCGUCUUUCUGUGGGUUUCACGCUGUGUGAAGGGGUCACUGUUGUGACAUUGGUCACUGUCGUGACAGUUAUAGUGUUCCAUUAAGUUUUAAAUGUUUAUUUAAAAAAAAAAAAAGAAAGGUAUGACAAAUAUAUGUUUUGUAUAUUUUCCGGUAACUAAUGAGCGCUAGGCAGUGGUGGCUCGUCAGGACAUCCAGCAUCAGUUAGGCAACCAAAAGUUGCCUAACCACCUGGAAGUCCCUCUUGUGGCUGUCUUGUAGACAGCCACAAGAGGUAGAGUAACCCCACAAAGUUAAUUAUUGCAGUUUAAAAAAAAAAAAAAAUGCAAUAAUUAGCUUUGCAGGGUUAAGCUACCUGGGACACUGCAACCAGACCACUUCAAUGAGCUGAAGUGGUCUGGGUGCCUACAGUGUCCCUUUAAACUCGCUUACUGUGUUAACCUCUACCACUUCCGCUGGAAGGCUAUUCCAUGCAUUCAUUACCCUCUCGGUAAACUAAUAAUUCCUGACCUCCCCCACUACAACUCCUGACCCCACCACUACAGCCCCCGGCCCUCUGAAACAGUAAAUAAUGUACAAUUUUGUGAAUUUAAGUCUAAUAAAUUAGGGAUAAUUUUUAAAUACAGUUACAGUACAUAAUUUAGGAACUUCUAUUUGUUCUUUUGAUUGUUACAGGUAUACAGGUACCUGGCGUGUACUGUAUGUACGUGAAGGUUUAAUUCAAGCUGAAAUAGGACGAAGGCUAGGCUUCAUUCGAACUACAGUUAACAUCGUCAUGAAAAACAGAGAAAAAAUUCUGGCAGAAAUUAAGAGUGGAGGGGGAGGCGGUGCCACAGGUGAAAAAAACCCGAUUAUAAAACUAUACAAGCAUAUAUACUAGACACUACAUAAGAGAGAAUACAUUCAAGAUUUAAAAAAAAAAGUUUGAAAUAUAGAUAAUGAAUAAUAAUCAGGAGUCCAAAAAGUACGUCCAAAAGAGUCUAUGCCGGAUAAAUACAGCAAAAAGUCUAAAUAAAACCUUGUAUAAGAAAUCAAUCACAAUCUUGUCAGGGGAAAUAUUCCUCAGUAAGUUAUGGGCAUUGGAUAUUCAUGAGAUCAGUAUGAAAAUAUAAAAGGACAGCAAAUAAUGGUGCAGUAUAUCCCAACAGGUACUAGGUACUAUUUUGUAAAGUCUAUAUGGUCCUACUCACAUUUUCCAGAGCCAUAAAACUAGCUCUAGUGUGGGUGGCAUACAGUGGUACAAUCCCAACUUAUGGGAUACGUGAAGUUUUGAAGUAGAUGGAUAUAUGAAAUAUAAAAGAAACAAUAAUAGUGCUUAUUGUAUAAAAACCAGAGGUGAAAUAAUAAAAUACCAAGUGGUUACUCACAAGUUAUUGAGCAGACAGACUGCUCAAUGAAUAAAGCUUGAGUGGUAUAAUCCCCACCAAGUAUUUUUUGGAGUAAAAUUCUCACUGGAACAAUAAAAACUCUGGUGCCAAGUAUAAAUAAAUAAAUGAGUAAAAUGGCUGACUCACAAGUUGAAAGUGGCCAAAAUACCUUUCAUAAAAUAAAGCAAUUAAAAUACAACAACGCAUUUCCCCCCCUAAGGGCUUUCUCAAGUGGAUACAAAAUAUGAAAACAUGUACCUGACAACACUGGCUUUGUAUAGGCCUCAGAUUACUUGAUUUUAGCGCCAAAAUGACAUCAUGGACUCAUAACUUUAUUAUAGAACAUGUUUCAGCCAUAUUAAUGAGGGCAAUGAAACAUGUGUCAGCCAUAUUAGGGAGGGCAAUGAAUGAAAGUGGAAGGAGGGAAUGAAUGAAUAAAACAUAUAUGUGACAAGUAGCAAGUGCAAAUAUGGUUACUCAGACCAGGGUUUUUUUUAGCAUACAUUUUAAGAUAUGAUAGUAGAAAAUUAUAAUAAAUAAAAAGGUCACAGUAAAUUGCAAAUGUCAGAGAAAAAUAUAUAUGAAGAUUUAAAAGAGCAUAUGUAAAUAUAGGGUAAGAAUAAAGUAAAAUAAAAUAACAUUAGUGUGACAAAAGCACCUUUGUCACUGGGAUUUGGAUAGGCCUGGUUGCCAGCCUCUUGCCCUGUGACUAUGGCCCCUGGGAUGUAUUGCCCUUUAAAAGCUUUAUUUGGGCAUAUUGGAUUUUAAAACACUUUUUCUGCCCCUUUAAAUCCAUGGGAAAAUGUGCCUCUUCCCCCUCCCCCUUUUUCCUGUCCUAUUGUUCUCCAGCAGGGUGUUGUCCCAGGGACAAUGCCAGACCAGUUUAAACUGGCUGCUUUGUCUCUCCUCAACCUCCCAUCAGCCCUUACUAUUCUGUGAACCAUUCCUUGUACCAUAGGGCACUCUUACCUUUGGACAUAUUAAACACUCAGAUCCACGCUAUCUGGGGAUAUGUUGGACAUAUAGGUUAAACAUUGUAUUAUAAGAGUUAUGUAUUUUUAUGUGGUUUUUGUAACAGUUUCUGACUUAGAGAUAUUUCCUGUACCUGGAGAUAAUUAAGUUACCACAGCCACUUAAGCCAAUUAUCUCCAGGAUAGAGAAGAUAGACCGGCCGCACAGCCUAAAUCUGUAGAACUGUUUUGGGCAUGAAAGCCAUGCUUGCGGUCAGUCAAAUGUGACUUCCAUAAAAACUUUUUAACCCCUGCUCUGACCUAGGUGAUUUUUGGAUAUGUUGUUCACCCAGAUCAGGGCUAUCCAGGGAUGUAUAUGGGGAUUUGUUAUGUUUUGGGGCGUUUUCUGGACUUUGGGGAAAAUUUGGGUUUUUCUGCCUGUGGAUAAUUAGGUUAUUGUAUUAGCUGCUUUAAUUAUAUCCCAGGCAGAGGGGAGAACUUGUGUGCUGUAUGUGGGAGUGUCGGACAUUAUUGUAUUGUUUUGAUUGGUUUGUGUCCUUUGUGUCCUGUGCUCCACAAGGUCAACGUGGGUGGUAACCUUGUGGGGAAAAUUUGUAUAAAAGAAAUGACUUUGUGCUUAUUAAACAGACUUGUUCUACCCUUCAUGAAGUUUCGGCUCAUGUUUGGGGGAUUGGAGAACUACCCACACUCUGGGGAUUGCUAUAAAUACUAUUCUCCCCAGAGUAAGCUCUUGUAAGAGCUUGUUCCUGUUCCUGCUCUCUGGAUUUAGGAGAGGUCUGCCUACUGGAAGCUGGUCCCUGGUCUUGGGCCCAGAGUAGGAGGAAGACGGCGAGACCCCAACCAAGCGGCGGCAGUUCGUGGGGUCUGCGGUGGUUAUGGUAUCUAGUGGAGUGCUUGGAGCCCUCGGGAAGCAGUAGGAGCGUCCGUCAAUGGAAGUUACCCAGUCAUGGUGCCAGGCAAUCCGUUACAAUUAGUAUUAUUUUAUCUUAUAUGUAUUCUCUCUUAUGUGUCUUGUAUAUAUGCUUGUAUAGUUUUUAUCUAAGUUGGGCAAAAAGGGCAUUCAGCAAUCAUUGGAGAUCUCAAGUUGUGUCUAUCUCUUAGUAGUUGAUAUUGCAGGUCUCAGCAGCAUGUAAACAAGAAGCAGUCCCUGAAGAAGUCCCUGAGUGGAAUGAAACACGUUGGAUAGAUUUUAUUUGUAUUUGAUGCGGACUGAUUUUUACUUCUGUGUAAGUAAUAAAUAUAUUUUUAUACUAUACUUCAAUCUACUUUUACCUUAUUCUGGAUGCACUUUGUUUUACAUGCUGCUGAGACCUGCAAUAUUAACUACUAUGAGAGAGACACAACUUGAGAUCUCCAAUGAUUGCCCUUUUUAUUCAAUCAAAGUGUGAGUGACCCAUUGGCAUUAAUAAUUACCUUAUCUGGGUUUUACAGAGUUGCACUAUGUUUUAUCUUUAUUUCCCCUAGUUGGAUUCACCCUAUUUGGUUUGCAUUUUGGGGGCUUAUGCCUGUUACAAAGAAAUCUACAGGGAAAACAAGAGAGCUACACUUCAAACCUCCAUAGACACGUUUCUAAAAAGUCCAUCAGCACACAGAUCAUCAAUAUUGACUGACAGUCAUUUUGAUCCCAGAUCAUCAUUAACUGACAGUCCAUAUUCAGCUCUGACAUCACCACCACGUCCUUCUCCUACUCUUAUUGCUACUUGUAGUACACCCAAUUCACCAGCAAGAAAUAAUUUUUUCUUUGAAGACUUGACUUGUGAAACAAGAUACCUGUAUGCUUUCAUCCUUCCUAUUAAAAUCAAUUCUUACAGCUGCCCUGCCUUGCAACAACAAUAACAUAGGGUAAGCUUACAAUUUUUCUUUUAAUAUUGUGUUUAUUUUAGUUAUCAAUGCAUUAUUUAUAUUAGUUAUGCCUGCAAAUGACUAUUGCAAUGCAGUACAUGCAUUGCAAAGUGAAAAAAGGUAUUGCUUCACUUUAAGUAAAUUUUUGUUUUACAUACAUGCUCUGGUCCCAUUGUGUACUUAAAAGUGGGGUAUGCCUGUACUUCCUGAUAUUUUUAAACUUCUGCCCCUCUAAUUUAAGACUAUGUCCUCUUGCUGUGGUAGUUUUUCUUCUCUUAAAUCAACUCCCCUUCUUUACUGUGUUGAUUCCAAUGAUGUAUUUAAAUGUUUCUAUUAUAUCCACCUGUCUCGUCUUACCUCUAAAAACUAUACAUAUUAAGAUCCUUUAACCUUUCCUGUUUUGUUUUACCCUAAAGUCCAUGAACCAGUUUAGUAGCCCUUCUCUGAACUCUCUCCAAAGUAAUAUCCUUCUGGAGAUACGGUCUCCAGUACUGUGUACAAUACUCCAAGUGAGGUCUCACCAGUGUUCUGUACCAUGGCAUGAGCACUUCCCUCCAAGGUGGGUGCAAGGAUUUUUGACACCCUAGACAAAACUGUACUUUGUUUCCCACUUCCACAAUUAAAAGCACACAUCAAGCACCAUCAUAAUAAACGUAUAACAUUUACACAGUUUAGUGCACAAGUAGGUGUGACGGACCGCCUGCCACCCGACUAGGUGCCUCCGUCGAACAAUGCUCCUAGUGCCCGCCAAGGACCAUCAGCACCGCACUCGACACCAUAACCACCGCAAACCCCACAAACCAUGGCAGCUUGGUUGGGGUUUUGCCUUCCUCCACCAACCCUGGACCCACGACCGGGUUUCAGCUUCCAGUGGGUGAACCUCUCCUUAGUCCAGAGAGCGAAACAGUAACAGGAACAGCUCUUACAAGAGCUAGUGAUUAUACUCUGGGGAGUAAAGUGAUUAUAGUAAUCCCCAGAGUGUAGUUCUCCAAUCCCCCAAACAUGAGCCAAGACUUCAUGAAGGGUAGAACAUGUCUGUUUAAUGCAAGCCAGCACUUACAAUUUAUACAAUUCCUCAGGCCAGAGUGACACCCCCUGGACCUGAUGAAACACAGGCACACAAAGGCCACAAACCAAUCAGAACAAUACAACAAUGUCUGACACUCCCACAUACAACACACAAGCCCUCCCAUCUGCCUGUGAUACAAUUAACUAAGACAAUUGACUAACUCAAUUAACUCUAAGCAGAAAAAAACAUACAUUUUUACAAACCCCAAAAAGUACCCCAAAAUACAACAUAUCACCACAAAAGUCACAUCCCCUUGUGGCAACACACUCAGAUAUGAAACAAGGACACUCCAGAUACACACAGGUCGUUGAAAAGCAAAGGCUUUAUUAGUUUGCAGCUACAAAGUCCCAGCACCUUUAUCUUAAACAACACGAUGUACUGGACACUGGUCAAUUUCCAAACAAAGAAUAUAUACUGUAAAUGACGUAUUCCAUACGUAUACAUAAAAUACAGAAAUUACACCUACAUUUCUAUGGUUAUAUCCAAUUACUAAACUGAAACUUAUCUCUUACACAUGUUAUCUAAUAGUGGGCGUUCCUGACAUUCCACACAUGUGCCCUGGUCCAAGAUAGUUGCACAGUAGUUUUAAUCAUCUGAGUACUGAACUUUACUUAAACAUCCUGUAGCUUCUACCACACCCUGAUAGCCCAGAUCUGGGUGAACAACGUAUCCAAAAAUCAACCAGAUCGGUUCAGGAAUUUCUUGGAAGUCUUAUUUUUGCCCCAUCAUGCACAUGGCACCAUGCACAUGGCCCCAUGCCCAAAACAGUUCAAUACACUUGACGGCAAAACACUGCUGGACAAUUUAAGAUGGCCGCCGCCACGUUUGAAUCUGUUCCAAUUAAAAGUCCAAGGGGCAGAAACAGUUCCUUUAAAAUCCAAUAUGCCCAAAUAGUGUUUUUAAAGGGCAAUAUAUACAAGGGGCCAUAGUCACAGGGCAAGAGGCUGGCAAGCAGGCCUCUCCCAAUCCCAAUGACGAAGGUGCUUUCAUCAUAGUAGGUCCCAUCAUGGUCUACCUAAGCUUAGAUGCUGAAGCAAUAUGCAUAAAAAUACCUUAAUAUUCACCUUCCCUAUUUCAAUAGUGUUUUGCAAUGAACCUAAAACAAAUCCUCACCUCCUUUGGUAGCCUUUGUCAAAGGUUUCAAUUUGUGCAAAUUGUGUAGCUGCAGGUUUGGCCAGAUUAAUUACCAAAAAUAAUUAACAAAAAAAACUUAAACAGGGCUGUGACGAGACCAAUCUCGCCACAUUGCAUUGGAGAAGCCUGGUUGCUCGCCUGCUGCCUUUGGACUAUGGCCCCAUGUUAAAAGACUUUGUUUCGCCUGCAGAAAAGCUUUAUUCGUGCUUGUCUGCCGGUUGUUCGGUAGAUUCAAUCUACCGAACAACCGCACGAAUGGAUAGACCACCUGGGAGCUGGAGUGUGCCGGCAAUUAACCUCCCUGAAGCUGCGGCUAACCGCAGCUUAAUUGACGAAUGCUGGGUGGCCGCCAUUCGUAUCCCGAACACGAGGUCACGGCCAUUUUAAACAUACGAAUGCACAGCGGUGUUCGACGCUUAAUUCAUGGAACUAAAAUCGGACACAGUUUUGCGCGAACACCGCUGAAGCCGCCGACCUCCCAUCUUGUUCGGUGGAAGUACACGAACGGCCGGUGUUCGGUAGUUCUACUUGUCUAUGUUAUACCCCAGAUAGGAAUCCCAUGGAGCCCAUUCAUAUGAAACUGACUGUGUAAAGACUUUGGCUCCAUGGCGAUUGAACUGUAUUCGUGUGGUCUGAGCGCCAUUCGCUUAAUAAUGUGCGCUCAGACCUGAGCUAUCUGGGGAUAUGUUAAAUGUAUAGUUUUAAUGUAAUAUGUCUCACAUAGUGUAUUUUAAUAGUAAUUCCUGUUUUAGUAUCUCCACGUGAUAGAGACUGAUUGCUAGGCGUGUAAGCCGCUUGGAUGCUUUUCCUAUUCGUCUGGUAGCAGCAAUUCGUAUGGUUCCUGUUCGUGUGUUUGGAGUGCUAUAUUGGAUGCCGUUCGGGAGUUUGGAGCAUUCACUUAUUGGCGGCUCGUGUGUUUGGUGUUCUGCAGUAGCUGUGCCUGCAUCUCUGGAAAGGGGGCCGAUCGCCUAAACGGUUUUUACCCCUUUUGUGCAAAAGGGUCCAUUACAGGGGCUAUUGAGUAUAUAAAGUAAUAGAUGUUGCACUACUAGAGACUACUUCGCCACAUAUCCUACAAACCCAGAAUCUCCAUGGAUAUGGAAAAUGCAUAGCAUUUCAAAACACAUUUUACAGGCAAAGGGAUUAACAUAUAUGCACCUGUCUUGUAAAGACUUCUUCUUAUUAUUAUUAUUAUUAUUAUUAUUUAUAUAGCGUCAACAAAUUCCGUAGCAAUUUACAAUGAGUGGACUAACAAACAUGUAAUUGUAAUCAGACACAGUUUGACGCAAAGAAACGGAGGGGUUGAGGGUCCCGCUCAAUGAGCUUGCAUGCUAAAGUGGGUUAAAGUGACACAAAAGGUAAGGGAAUAGAUUGGUAGAAUAGUAUUCACUGAAUACUUAGUUUGGGUUUUUUUGUUUUGUUUUUUAAUAACAGUUGCAGGAGAUUGCAUUGGAUGUCUGCAGCUACAGAAAGUCUCAGUGGGAUUUGGGAUUUGAGAUGGCUGCAGAGAAGAGAUCUGCAGCUUUUGCAAUGUGGUUUUAGAUAUAACCCCAAUGAAACAAUGCAUAAUUAAAUACAGACAUUUUCAUUGGAGUUAUAUCUACUAAACAGUGUUUUUUUGUUUUAUUUAUUUUUCUGUUGGGCAGUGGAGUGUCUCUAAUAUUUUUAUUAUACACCUAAAUACACAGUGCAAGUAGAGAAUUCAUAGCACAUAUAUGCACAGUGCAAAUAAAGAACUCAACAAACAUUCACACAGCAAGUGAAGACAUCAAAGACACACAUCCAAACAGUAGGAAAGUGGCCACAGACAAAUCUAUACAAGGCAGACAAGGGGUUAACAAACACAGUACAGAUAACUAGUCAAAAUAAUCAUAAACCCCACAGGCAAGUGAUUUAGACACAUAAACUGCAGGGUAUAGCUAACAGAUAAUAAAGAAUAGGUAAUACACCUAUAAAUAUGCACAUCAAACAAUAGGCUCAAAGCACACAUGCAGUGGCGUAUACACGACCCAUGGGGCCCCGGUGCGAAAAUUGAUCCAUGGGCCACCCUCCCCCCGUGCUUACUCUGCGCGGGCCAGGGCCACAACACAUGGCGGCGGGCACCUGGUCGCAGGGCUGCGACCCCUGUGAGCGCGGUAUGUACGUCAGUGCAUGCAGAUACACAUACACUUAAAGGACCACUACAGACACCCAGAUCACAUCAGCUCAAUGAAGUGGUCUGGGUGCCAGGUCCCUCUAGUUUUAACCCUGCAGCUGAAAACAUAGCAGUUUCAGAGAAACUGCCUGAGCCCCCCAGGAGAAGAGGCUGGCCAAACUGUCAUACAUACUGGGUCACAGGGCGGCAAAGCCCCCUGGUGGGCCGGGCCCAGUCGCAGCCGCGACCCCUGUAUGUAUGCUACUGCACACAUGCUUACAGCAGGUAAAUGGUUAACGUAUUGUAGAUAUGAAGUAGUGCUGACUGGGGUCCCUCUCUUGGUGCCAGAGCUGAGCACUUACAGUUAUGUGCACACAGGGAGAGGGUGAAAACCUUUGGAUCCUGCUUUCUGCAGCCUGAUAACCUCCAGCCUCCUCCUGCACACUGUCUAUAAUGCUGCCAGGGAGGCAGCUAAUCAGUGUGUACAAACAUUUCACCUACCAAACUACUCAACUCUGCCUGGCUGCCAUCCUGGAUCCUAUCCUUCUACUAACCCCUUCAUUCUAUUUCCUGCUGAUUUCAGGAAGCAGCAGUGAGGCCCCUGCAGUGCUUGCGUCUCAAUUUCUUCCCCUGUGGCUGACACAGGAUCUUCACUGACAGCAGACUUUGGUGACAUAGAUCGUCUCUUCCUACACACAGCCUUAAAUGGCAUCCCCCAGAGGCUGGUUCCCUAGGCAAGUGCCUGUCUUGCCUAAUGGAAUCGCCGGCUCUGCUUCCCUUUCAACUGCUAAUACCUCUCCCUAUACAACCAAGCAUUCUGCUAGCAUUUCCUGCUGCUCUAUUACAUUGUCUGCCUACCUUUAAGUCAUCAGAAAUAAUCACCCCUAAAUCCCUUUCCUCAGAUGUUGAGGUUAGGACUCUAUCAAAUAUUCUGUACUCUGCCCUUGGGUUUUUACGUCCAAGAUGCAUUAUCUUGCACUUAUCUACAUUAAAUGUCAGUUGCCACAACUCUGACCAUUUUUCUAGUUUACCUAAAUCAUUUGCCAUUUGGCUUAUCCCUCCUGGAAAAUCAACCCUGUUACAUAUCUUAGUAUCAUCAGCAAAAAGACAUACCUUGCCAUCAAGACCUUCUGCAAUGUCACUAAUAAAAACCCCUUAAGGUAAGAGUGCCACCAGGGGCCUCCUGGCACCAUAGAAAUUACAUGUAGAUGGUGUUCUGGUGCCUGGAAUGUCCCUUUAAAGAAUUCUAAGCCAUAUUAUAAACAGGCUGUGUGUUUAAGAUAACUUUCCAGUUGCGUUUCGUACAUAUAUUACUUGUUUUACUAUUUGUUUUUUUUUUCCUGCUUGUUAUGUGUCUUAUAUUGGUUUUCUCUUGACAGAAUCAAGAACCCACAUUCACUUCCUUAAAAAAGAAGCCAAACAAGUAGUUAAGUGCUUGUCCCUGCAUUCUGCUGACACGCCUGACUGCUGAGCUCACUGGCUGGGAGGGGAGGUGAGAGCAGACAAUGUAAUUCUCCAUCACAUGACCAGGAACUAUUACAUCCUCCAUUCAAUGUUAUUUUUACACAAGAGCACCGGCGAAGCUAAACAAGACAAGAAGCUAAACAAGACAUAAGGCUGAUAGGGGUGAGCAAUUUAUUAAAGAGAUUGGUGUUUCAGAAGGUUUUAAUAUAAAAAGUUCAGAAAAUUAUACUAAUUGCUUGUUAACAAAGAACAGAUGUAAACUAAAAUGUGUUAAUACUUUUAAAUUAGUUUUAUUCCUUUCUCAUAUAACACUAUCAAAACAAAGCUAUUCGAUACAAUGUAUUUAUUAAUGUACAAUGUUUACUGGCUCAGUUUAGACAUUUUAGUUUUGGUUAAUAUUGUGUGAGUUUAACCCCUUAAGGACACCGCUUCAGAAGCAUUUUUUGCUGUUUGUGUUCAACUGCAAUUUGCAUCUUUCUCAUUUAUUGUACCAACACAUUUACUGUUUUUUUUUUAGACGACAAGAGGGGCUUUAAUUUGAUGUGACAUAUACAUAUAUAAAUUCUCAUGUAUUACAAAACAAAUGCAAAAUAAUGGGGGGGAGGGGCAUACAAUUUUUUUUUCCAAGUUUUGGCAAUAAUAACGUGUGCAUAAUAUGUCCAGCUUAGGAAAAGUAAUUCAAAAUCAAUUCAUUCAUGUGUUUUGAUUUAAGUACAUUAUAUGUGUAGAAUUUCAGUUUAUUUUGAAAGUUAAAGGUAACAAACUACUAGGUCUAAAAUAAAAUUUCAAUUUGCAACAAUUUCAGAAGUUGGUAUGUUUGUCUUGGAACAAAAAACAAAAUUGCCACACAAAAGUAUAUAUUUCUAUAAAGUAGACAUCACUGGUUAUUUUGACACUUUUUACGAAGCCAUUUCACUGCCAAUCUCUGCUAAAUAUUGGAGUCAACUUGUGUUUUUUCUCUAUUUUUGCAUAUACACAUUUAACAAGGUUUUUGUAAUGUGUAUUUCGUAAAGCUGGUGGUGUGUGCUAUCCCUGUACAGGACCCCAUAUUGUGUUUAGCUACAUCUGCUGAGUACACCGAUACCCCCAUUGUAUAUCUUUGCCACUAUUCUGUGAAGCUACAAUGCCAUAUAGGAGACCAUGCUAUUUCAGUUUAUAUAGUUGGAAUUUUCUUAGAUGUCAUAUGUCCUGAUUUUGUGGCAUUAUAGCCAUUUGACUGUUCAAAUAACCUCACAGAGGCCUUCCAUUUGAGAAAGCAGACACUCCAGGGUAUCUUAUUAGGCAUAUAUUAUACCUUAACUUGCCACCAUUUGUUCACCAAUUUAUUAGAAUUUUUAAAUAUAUAUUUUUACAUACAUGUUGCAUUUUUGCUGGGUAUUUCGUACAUUUGAUAAGUGCCACUGUCAUAAAUUCCCCCUAAGUAUGCUCAGUUACCUCUUCUGAGUAAAACAAUAAGCCCAGUGUAUGACCUAGACACUAUUUUGUGAAGUUACAUUGCUGUGAAAGAGACACAAGUUCAGCUUUUUAAGUGUGAAUUUAUAUGGAGGGUUUUAAUGGGUCCGUAUUCUAUUUUGAAAUAUGUUAGCAGGCUGCUUUUUCCAACUCCUCCAAAAAGGCAUACUAUUUCUUAAUGAAGACACCUGAGGGUAUUUCAAAAGGCAUAUUUUGAGCCUUAGCCUGAAAUCAUUUUUCCGCUAGCUUGUACCAAGUGUAGUGGUAAUAAGCAUUUUUUAUGCCUUUUUGACACACGUAGUAAGUUUGUACUGUAUAUUUUGCAAACCUUAUGUGUGCUACAGCUAUAUUAUACUUCCUAUCUUGCUCAGCUAUGUCGUCUGAGCACAGCAAUACCCCCAUAUUGCCAGGUAUUUGUGGACAUUGAAGGGGCACAUUUGAGACACAGCCAUUUAAGUUUUUUUUCUAAUUUAAUAUUUUUUACAUUGUGUCCAUACCCCAUUUUGCAGUUUUUUUUUUUAGUAGGUUGAUUAUUCCAACUACCCUACAAAGGCAUAUUAUUUUUUAAAGAAGAAACCCUAAGGUAUUUCAAAAGGCAUAUUUUGAACCUUAGCGUGAAAUAAUUUUUCCGCUAGAUUGUACCAAGAGUAGUGGUAAUAAGCAUUUUUUUUUUUAGGCCUUUUUGACAAUGACUUUGUGAUAUAUAUUUUGCAAACCUUAUGUGUGCUACAGCAGUAUAUUACAUCAUAUGUUGCUCAGAUAUGUCAUCUGAGUACAGCAAUACCCCUGUAUGUGCCUUUACUAGGUACAUGACAAAGUUGAAGGGGCACAUUUGAGACAGCCAUUUAAGUUUAAAAUUUCACACUGGGUCCAUGUCCCACUUUGAAAUUUUUUUUAAUAGGUUGUGUUUUCCAAUUACUUCACAAAGACAUACCAUUUCCUAAAGAAGACACCCCAGGGUGUUUAAAAAGGCAUAUUUAAACCUUAGUGUGGUAUAAUUUGUUCACUAGCCUGUACCAACUGUAGUGGUAAUAAGCAUUUUUUUCCCUUUUUCUUUAACUUUUUUUUUUUUCUUUGUAAAAGAUUUCUUUUCAACUUUUAGAGAUGAUUUUUUUUUUUUUAGCUUUUAACAACUUUUUUUUUACUAUUUUAAAACUUUGUUUAAACUUUUCAAAAAAAUUUUUUUUAACUGUUAACCCCUAACUAGCCUGACAGUAAAUCCCCCAAUUUCCCUACUAACUUCCACCCACCCUAGCUAAAUAAAUAAAUAUUUUACAAAUAUUUAAGUAACUAACUAAAAAAAAAAUUAACCCCUGAGGACUAAAAAAUAAAUGUAAACCCUCAGGGGUUAAAAGAAAAAAUCAUAUCAUAUUGACAUACUGUUAUAUGCAUUUUGAUCACUGCAGACAGUGAUCAAAGGUCAGGAAAGGGGUUACAUUUUAUUUGAAAGGAGUGGGGGGGGGGUAGGAUUUUAUAACUAACAGUUUGUUUUUUACAUGGAGAGACAGAUCAGCACGGAUCUGUCUGCACUUCACAGCUCAAACUGAGUUUCAGGGAGACAGAUCGGGUUUCACUGCAGCAUGUGUGAUCGCUCUGACUCCCGGUAUAUUACCGAGACACACUACAGGAACAUUAAAAUUGUCAAGGAUAAUAGGCAAACCUCGCCUAUAAUUGGAAAAACAUUCAGUCAGGUGUGUCUCAUUGUGGUGGUGCAUUGUGUGGUAUUACGCCAGAAACUCCUCUCCAGCAGGUGGACCUGCUCUGUAAACUCAAAUCAGCCAUAUCACAGCUGCUACCAGUUUACAUGAACACUAAGCAAAGUAUUUUGUCCGAAUGGCCCAGCUCCGACCCAAAUACCAGCUCUGGUUGCAAUUCUGUCAAUCUGUGUGAAUCUGCACCCGACUAGAUUCAUUGGUAUCUGAACUAAAACCAAUGCUUUUUGUGUUGGAACUCUAUACAAAGUAUAGGGUUCUGGAAAUAUUUAUAAAGUACUGUUUUAAUAAAUAAAUGUGGGACUGAAUGCAUCCAGCAGGAUUCAGGUUUGCAAAUUACCUUUCACAUGCUGGCUGGUUGCUUGCUGUUUAGUAUUUAUGCCCCCAUCAUCCACAUUACUGAUUCACGUAAAAGAGUUUUAAAACCUCGCUUAUAGUAAUAUGGGGGUCAUAUUGAGCUGGCCAGCUGUCACAUGGUUAACCCUUGCACUACUGAGGGGUUUUAUAACUAUUUGCCCACUGGCGGAUAGCAAAUAGUUUUAAAACUUUAAAAAAUAUUGUUCUCUUGUGCACCACCUCCAUUGUGUAUGUGGCUGCUAGUUGGUGAGCUUGUAUGUGUGUGUCAGUGAGCUUGUCUGUUGGAAGCAUGUGUGUUUGUCAGUGACCUUUUCUGUGGGGAUCAUGUGUGUGUCAGUGAUCUUGUCUGUGGUGAGCAUGUGUGUGUCACUAAGCUUUUUUGUUGGGAACGUGUGUGUUUCAAUCAGCUUUUCUUUAGUAAACUUCUUUGUGUCAGUGAGCUUUUUUGUAGGUAGCAUGCGUGUGUCAACAAGUUUUUCUGUAGUGAGCUUGUGUGUGUCAGUGAGUUUGUCUGUAGGAAGCAUGCGUGUAUCAGUGAGAUUUUCUGUAGUGAGCAUGUGUGUGUGUGAAAGUGAGCUUGUCCGUAGUAAGCUUGUGCGUGUCAGUUUGUCUGUACUACGUUUCUGUGUAUAUCAAAUAGCUUGUCUGUGUGUGUCAGUGAGUCUAUGUGUGUACAUCUGUGAGCUUGUGUUUUUAUGUCAAUGAGCUUAUGUAUAUCAGUGAGAUUGUUUGGUUUUGUUUGUUUAUGAGGCUGUGUGUUAGUGAGAUUGCCUGUGUCUGCAUUUGAGUAUGCUUACUGUAUAAUUAAAUGUUUUACUCUAAAAGGACCAAUAUUUUAUAUUAGAAAAAUAAAUAUAUAUUUGUUUUAUAUAUAUAUAUAUAUAUAUAUGUGUGUGUGUGUGUGUGUUUUAUAUAUUACUCAAUCAUCUGGGCUGGCAAGACAUAGCCUUACAUAUUACAUGUGCCAUGGUGCUAAAACUUAUGGCCAUAGAUUUUUUUUCCCAGGGCUGCUUUGUAUCCCCAGUCUGGCCCUGGUGUGUGCGUGUAUGUCAGUGAUUGUGUGUGUCUGUCAGAUUGUGUCAAAUCAGUGUUUGUGUGCAGUGGUUUGUUUUGGAUUUGUACUGCCCUAGGCACGACUAAAUUCGGGCACCCCCAAAAUCUAAAUUUGCCCCCCCCAAUUUGUGUCAAGGCCACUUUUUUGACUUACAGACACAUGCCCUCAUUGAUACAUGCACUGAUAUACACUCACUCACAGACACACACUGAAACACACUCACAGGCUCACCCAUUCUCACUGAAAGACACACACUGACAUCUACACUCAGUCACUCACAGUAAGGUGGACAGCCCCAGAACACAAGGCAAAAACCCAAAAGUGCCGCCCUAGGCAAAUGCCUUGUUUGCCUUGUGGUAAAUACAUCCCUGUGUGUAUGUCAGUGUGUAUCUGAGAGUGUGUGUCUGUCAGUCAAAGUGUGUGUUAGUCUUUUUAACAGGAAGAGGUGUGGUCUUGACAGGAAGGCGUGGGGCAAAUGUAAAUUAGGGGGUGCCAGAGUUCAGUUAUGCCUAGGGCAGCACAGUUCAAAAACACACCACUAAUAGUAAUGGUGAUGUAAGUCGGUUGUGUGUGCCGAAACAGACUUUCAAGUAGGCCUGUGAAAGAGGGCCCACCAAGAUGAAUGGCUUAAUAAAGGGAGUAGUGGGUUGGCUCAAUCAGGUGGUCUCAGACCAGAGGAAGUGGUGGUCUGUGUAUUUAUAGGCUGGCUAACUCCUCCCACAACUACAGGCUUCGCUUACUGGCUCAGCCUUCUCAUAUAUUAUUGGUACAACCUAUGAAGCAAAAAAAAGCUUUGCUUUCUAUAAAUGACAAUAUAUCUAAAAUAUAAAAGCGCUAAGCAUAUAACUCUGUAUACACAGAUGAGGUGGCAGAAAAAAAUGUGAAAAGUUUCUGUACCACCUUCAAAAUGUUAAACACCUCUAUUACAGGGUUAAAUUAAAAAAAGCUGCUACACACCUGUGUGAACCCAAUUCCCACACCAAAAAUCAAACAAAAUACUUAUAUAGGUGGAGCGCAAAAUCAAAUCCACAUUUCCAUGGAAUCCUUUACACCACUUUCUCUACGAUAUCCGUGGAGGAGACAAGAGAGAAGCCGGCUACCUGUCAACCCUGUGCCUGGACUAAGGCAAUUAUACAGGGUUAGUGAGUAGCAGCUGGGACUGCAUACACUCACUUAUUUCUAUCCUGUAAGAGGCUCAUUGUCUAUUUCAUUUAAUUCAUGUAAAUUUAUUUAUGUAUUUUGUACAAUAUUGAUUUUGAUUUAUUAUUUUUAUUGCUAGGAGUGUUUUAUGUCUAGUGAAACGAUUAUUAAAUAUUUGCAAUUUACCAUAACUGUACUUCACUAUUAUAUGCAUUUUAUCUUUUUUAUAUUCAUCUGAGUUGAAGCUGUGUAAAGGAUUCCAUGGAAAUGUGGAUUUGAUUUUGCGCUCCACCUAUAUAAGUAUAAGUACUUUCUAUAAAUGAAAUGAAAAAUUGAAUGGGGGGGUGGGAGUUUGAGGGGCACUAAAGGGUCCUGCAGUGCCAGGAAAACAUAUUUGGAGAAUCCCUUUAAAUGUGUGGUAAUUAUAACUGUAAUUGCUAUUAUUUUUUUUUUCUAAAAUGCAUUCCUCCAAGCUUAAUAAAACAAGAUUACAAUUUGAGUUUACUCUGUUUCUAAUUUCUUGACUUACCCUCGAUAUCAAAAUGUAAUAAAUAUGUUUUCCUAGCAUUUAUUUAAAGCUUGUGUAAUGUGUUUAAUGACUUUUUUCUCUAGAAUUGUGCUUUAAUGUUUGUUUUCCAUUGCAGACAGUGGUUUUUAUUGAUCACUUUAUACAUAAUCUAAGGAAAGAAAACUGAACAUGGAAAGCUGGUUAAGUGACACUAGCAAUAGUUCUAUCAGUAACAAUUCCCAUCUGGUUGCUGGCUUUACGUCUUCUUUUGUAUCGGUAGUUUUAUUUGGGUCCAAUUUUGUACCAGUAAAGAAGUUUGACACCGGAGAUGGUAUGCACAGUGUUAUUUUUUAUUUUAUUUCUUAUUUAUUAAUAGUUAAUUUUAUAAAAUAUGUUGUUAAAUCAAUAAACGUUGUCUCUAUUGGGAUGGAGGAGAUGUAAAAAAGUAGAUAACAUUUAUUAAAUUCACCUCUGUAUAAUUUUACUGUUUGCAAGAUCAUUGUUAUGAAAAGCUGUUUCUUGCAGAAAGAGACUCCUCUUGUAUGCUUGCAUACUAUAGAGCAGCAUUUCCCAAUUGGUGUUCCACGGAACCCUAGGGUUCUGCGAGAACUCAAUUGGGGUGUCGCCAAAAGUUUACAAAAUAAAAUGGCCGUGGUCGACGAGGAAGUGAGGGAGCAGUGAUAUACCACUAAGAGGCGCUGAGCAGGGGAAUCACUGCUGCCUCGCCGCCCGCAUGCCAGCCGCUCAGCAGCCCCACUGGACCCCAGGGACUGCAUGUCAGCACUCCUUUAGGUAGGGGGGCUGGGUGGAUGAAAAAUGUAAAAAUAAAAAAUAAAAUUGUAUGUGUUAGGGAGUUUGUAUGUGUCUGUGUGUCUGUCAAAGAGUAUAUGUGUAUUUGUCAAUGAGAGUGAAUGUGUGCUUGUCAGUGAUUGUGUGUGUGUGUGUAUGUGUUUGUCAGUGAGAAUGUGUGUUCUUGUCAGUGAGAGUGUAUAUGUGUCUGUCAAAGAGUAUGUGUGUCUGAGUGUGUCAGUGUGUGUAUCUGUGUGUCAAUGUUUGUGUAUGUGUCACUGUGUGUAUCUAAGUGUGUGUAUGUGCCUGUGUGUAUGUGCCAGUGUGGAUCUGUGUGUGCAAGUGUGUGUAUCUGUGAGUCAAGGUCAGUGUGUAUCUCUGUGUCUGUGUGUGUGUGUGUGUGUGUGUGUGUGUGUAUGUGUGUGUGUAUAUAUAUAUAUAUAUAUAUAUAUAUAUAUAUAUAUAUAUAUAUAUAUAUAUAUAUACAUACAUACACACAGAGAUACACAAACUGGCACAUAUAAACACAGAUAUACAUGCCUUGACACACACCGGCACACACUUUGAAACAUUAAUACACACACAAUACACAGAUACACACUGUGUGUCAAGGUGUGUGUGUAUCUGUGUGCCACUAUCUGCCAGUAUGUGUGUAUCUGUGUGUCAGAUGCAUACAAACACAGAUACACACACUUUGACACACAGAUACAUACACAUACACACACUGUGUGUCAAGGUGUAUGUAUCUAUGUGCCAGUGUGUGUGUGUGUGUGUGUGUGUAUCUAUCUGUGUGUCAGAUGCAUACACACUGGCACAUACAAACACAGAUACACACACCUUGAUACACAGACACAUACAAACACAGAUACACAUACAUACAUACAUACAUACAUACACACUGUGUGUCAUGGUGUAUGUAUCUAUGUGCCAGUGUGCAUGUUAUCUGUGUGUCAGAUAUACACAUACACACACACACACACACACACACACACACACACACUGGCACAUACAAGCACAGAUAAACACACCAUGACAUACAAAAAACAGUGCAAUUUUUAUUUUAUUUUCAUGAGGGGGAGGGGGUGUUCCAUGCCGUUGAUACACUAUGCCAAAGCGUUCCACAGGAAACAUUAAUUUGGAACCCCUGUUAUGGAGCAAUACUGCAUGUUAAUGACCAUUGCAGGUUUAAAGUCACCCAAAUUAUUAUUUUUUUAUAUGGCAAAGGUCUGUUUUUAAAUAGGGACAGGUACACAAAAACUUUAAAAUACAGGAUUGUAUUCCAAAUGUUUUAAUGUUCCUUUAAACAGAUAAUGACUCUUCUUCUGAGUAUCCAAUGAACAGAGACGCUCAUCAGAGUUUGCCACUUAAUGUUUUGCUAGUGACCCUCAAAGUAAGCCUAUGUACUAGAUGAUGAAACAAGGGCAGUGGCUUAAAGGACCACCAUAUUCACUGCAGUGUACUGUAGUAGUUAAGGUCCCAGGAGUGCACUGGCACCCCUGAUUGUAUGUAGUCAAAGCAUUUUUACUAUGGUUUGACUUCAUACAUGGGCUCUGCUGGGUGCUGUUUCCCACUUCUUUUUCUCCAGCUUCACUGCUGUAAAAGUGGUCGCAUAAUCGACUGUGUUAAACAUGUAAAAAAUAGGAAGCCUUAUUAUGAGGCAAAUUUAUAUCCAUUUUAUAAAUUUAGUCGCAAAAGAUCUGAUCCCUGUGUUUUCAUGCGUUACUGGUACUAAUGCAUGGUACUAAGUUUACUUGUGCAAGGUACUAAGGUUAAUUAACCACCUUUGAGGCUAUUUCAAUGUGUAACCGUAAUAUCAUAAUUAACAUAUUUGAUAUAUAGCAUGUUUAACAUCAUUUUUACAAAUACAUUGUAGACAAUUUGUUUUCUGUGGAAAUUAAAACACUUUCUAUUCAAAAUGUACUCUUUAAAGGAACACUAUAGUCACCUAAAUUACUUUAGCUAAAUAAAGCAGUUUUAGUUUAUAGGUCAUUCCCCUGCAAUUUCACUGCUCAAUUCACUGUCAUUUAGGAGUUAAAUCACUUUGUUUCUGUUUAUGCAGCCCGAACCACACCUCCCCUGGCUAUGAUUGACAGAGCCUGCAUGGAAAAAAAACUGGUUUCACUUUCAAACAGAUGUAAUUUACCUUAAAUAAUUGUAUCUCAAUCUCUAAAUUGAAGUUUAAUCACAUACAGGAGGCUCUUGCAGGGUCUAGCAAGCUAUUAACAUAGCAGGGGAUAAGAAAAUCUUAAUUAAACAGAACUUGCAAUAAAGAAAGCCUAAAUAGGGCUCUCUUUACAGGAAGUGUUUAUGGAAGGCUGUGCAAGUCACAUGCUGGGAGGUGUGACUAGGGUUCAUAAACAAAGGGAUUUAACUCCUAAAUGGCAGAGGAUUGAGCAGUGAGGCUGCAGGGACAUGUUCUAUACACCAAAACUGCUUCAUUAAGCUAAAGUUGUUCAGGUGACUAUAGUGUCCCUUUAAAUAUUCCCUGAUACGUUAUUUGUAAAAAAAAUCUCCCUUUCUGUAGGAAGUUUAGGCAAUCCCAUAAAAUAAAAUAAAUGCUUUUUAAAAAAAUUUUUUAUUUCAUUUACAUUUUCCUUAUUUAAGAAAUGUCUUAAUAUUGAAAAAUAUCAAUGUCUCUUUAAUAGUCAUCUUUAUAAACUGUAUAUUCUGCGCUACAUUUCUCAACAACCUUUGAUCCGAUGCUGUGUUUAUCUAUAUUUCAGGCAUGUUCUUCCAGUGGAUUCUCUGUGCUUCUAUAUGGAUUGUAUCUUUAGUGGUCAACAUCAUUCUUAAUAGCCCAAAAUUUUGGCCACUCGCAAUGGUAGGAGGUUGCGUAUGGGCCACAGGUAUGGAAAACAUUUGGGUAUGCUCAGGGUUACUUCCUUCAGUAAUAAAAUGGAUACUAUGGGAAAAUAAAACUGCAAUGCAUUUGAUAGAUUUUGGCCUUCGGAAUAUGCUGUAUUUUUUCAUGCCAAAUCAUUAUUGUUUGUGCACAUAUAAUUAAAGCAUUUUAUAAUAUAUUAUACAUAUAUAUAUGAUUUCAUUCUAAGUGUAUUUUGAGAUAUGUGUAUAUAUCUCAAAGUACACUUAGAAUGAAAUCAUAUAUAUGUAUAAUAUAUUAUAAAAUGCUUUAAUUAUUGUAUAAUAUAUAUUAUUAUUGUAUUUUUUUUUUUACUAUUUAGCAGCCUGGGGGACUGUCUGACAGCUCAGAAAGUCCCCCCUGCUGACAGCUCCUAGACUCCUAUUGCGGCGAAGGGAUCAUGAUGAUGAUUAGGAUGAUGGGUGCUGGGGGGGACUGCAGGGGUACUGCUGGGGUCUCUAGCAGUUCCCCCCGACCGUUCAGGUAAGACCAGAGCUCUCAUUUGCCACGGUUGUACUAGAUACGUCUGCGGUCCUUAACAACUGUUUUUUGUUGGACGUUCACGGUCAUUAAGGGGAUAUACAUAGAUAGAGAUAAAUAUAUAUCUAUAUCUCAAAAUACAGCUAGAAUAACAUUACAUAUAUAUCAUUUUAAAAAAUAUAUAUAUAUUUUUACAGUUUCUUAUUUAUUUUUAAAUAUUUAUUUUUUAUAAAAUGUGUGUAAUUUUCUAUUGAUAUAUGUAUAUAUUCAUAAAAUAAAUACACUUAGUAUAUAUGUGUGUGUGUGUGUGUGUGUGUGUAUAUAUAUAUAUAAUAUAUUAUACAAUUCUCAUGUAUAUAUUUUUUUAAAAUGUAAUACAUUUUUAUUUUAUUUUUAAACUUUUUUCACCAGCAAGGGGACUGCCUGUCAGUUCAGGCAGUCCCCUUGCUGGCAGCACUGUGGACACCUAUUGCGGCCAUGUGAUCGCUCUUUUAAAGUGGUCACAUGGCCCUUGGGGGUCCUAAAUUGCAGAGGGGGGACAGUCUGGGCUGAGCCCAGACAGUCCAUCCUAAGAAGGAGACCGAUCUCUGGUGGGGGAACGGCGGUGAUCGGUAAGUACAUGGGGAGGGAGAGGGAGGAAGGAUAGGGGUUCAUUUUUUUUUUUAAAUCUUUACUGAGUGCCUCGAGCCACUCAGUACAGGCAGAGCAUCAGAAGUGAGGGGGGCAUUGCAGCGAUGCCUCGACAUUGACGCAUCGCUGCAAUACCAUUAGAGCUGCUGGAAGUGAUCAUGAUAGUUUCGAGUGUCCUAAUUCCCCGUUUAAAGGACCGUUUCUUUUGUCAGACAUUCCUGAUACGUCCUUGGUCACUAAGGGGUUAAAGUAAGGUACAUCUCAUUGAAAAUUAAACCAUUUUGUUUUCGCGCAGGCUAUGUCAGUGACAGCCAGGAGAGGUGUGGCUAGGGCUGCAUUAACAGAAAUAAAGGAUUUAACUCCUAAAUGGUAGUGAAUUGAGCAGUGAAACAUCAGAGGCAAAAUAUAUACACAAAAAGUGGUUCAUUAAGCUAAAGUUGUUUUGGUGACUAAAGUGUCCAUUUAAGGAACUUCAUAAAAUAUAAGUGUUGUGGCGAAACUGGCCUCGCCACGUGUCCUUGGAGGGGGCUGCUUGCCCGCCUCUUGCCUUUGGACUAUGGACCAGACUUUAUGUGAAUGUGUUAACCCAGAUAGCUAUGCUAUGGAGCCCAUUCGUGUAGUUAAAGACUUCGGCUCCAUGGCAAUUGAACUGUGUGAAUAGGAUCUGAGCGCUAUUCGGUAGUUUUGUGCGCUCAGAUCCCAGCUAUCUGGGGAUAUGUGAAAUGUCUGUGUGUUAUGUGUAAAAGGUGACUUUAUGUAUUUUAAAGUGUUUUAUGUCUUUUUGCAACCAUGUGCUCAAUGGAGUCUGCCUCUAUCCCUGGAUAAUUGGAUUACUUUCCCCCAUUGUCUCCAGGAUAGAGGGCUCUGUAAAACCUGUUUGAGCCAGAUAGCCAUGUGCCAGCCAGGGCCCAAAAGAUACUUUUACUAACUUUUGAACCCCUGGUCGGAUUCAUGCCAUUUUUUAAUAUGUUGUUCCCCUGAAUGGAUUGAUUGUGAAUAUGUAAUUUUAUGUGAAUGUGAUGUAUGGUUUUAAAGUUAUGAAAGUUGGGUAGAAAGUAUGUUUUAACUGUAUGUGUAAUUGAGUUUCCUCUCAGGAUAAGGGGAGGGAAUAUGUGGGAUGUAACUGAUAUGUGAUUGGUUGUUUUAUACCUCCCUGUGGGCGGUCCUGUAUGUGAAAGGCUGUAAUAAAAACCAGGCUGGGUGUGCCAGCACAAGAGUUCCUGUUUUAACCCUCAAAGUGAAGUGUCGUCUCAUUAUUGGGGGAAGGAUUUAUUGUAUGCUGUUCCAGUUUGACUGCUAGGAGAGUAAACCUAUUCGUAUGGUUCCUAUUCAACUGUCUACAGCAUUCAUAUGCUUGGGAGAAUUUAUUUGUUUCUCCGGUUCGGUGAUUGUGGUGUCUGCCAGAGUGCUUGGAGUCCUCAAGAAGCGCUAGGAGCAUCCUUCAACCGAGGUACCCAGUCGGGGUGCCAGGCGAUCCGUUACAAGUGUAAACUCCAGAAAGGAUUAGUGUAAACUCCAUAAAAGAUUAGUGUAAAAUGUAGCUUAUUUAAUAACAGAUACUUUUAAGACAUUAUUACAUUACAUCUAUUGUAAUGAAUAAAUUUACUGAAUAAACUACAGUCUGGUUUCUUUUAUGUGGCUUUUAUUAAGGUAAAGAUAAACUGAUAUUUUUAUGUUCGGUUGUAAUAUAUACAGAUGACAUAUGUAGACCGUGACGUACAAAAUGCGGUUGUCUUGCCUUUACCAUAAAACUGUCAGUUUCACAACGUUUUUCUUGGUAAUCCAUUGAUAUUUUAUAGUGUGCAUUAGGAAUGCUUUAGAAUUUUAGGUAUAUUUUCAUAACAUUAUUUUUUAUUUGCAGGCAAUAUAACAGUUGUACCAAUUGUCAAAACAGUUGGUCUUGGGCUUGGGCUUCUAAUUUGGGCUUCUACCAACCUGUUAACUGGCUGGGCAAGUUCCAGGUAACAUAACAUAAAUUGAAAAAUAAAACAAAAACUGGCACACAUUGCAUGUGAUUAGAAUCAAUGGAAACUUGCAUCAACUUUGUAUCAAAUUAAAGCAUUUCUAACUUAAUCUAUACAUUGUACUUGCCAAAUUGCUAGAAAAUGUAUAGUUUUUUUUGUUUUUUUUUUUUAGAAAUGUCACUUUCACUCAUCUGUGCCUUUCUUGGCAUUCUGGCAGAUUAGCAGUGAUUGAUUGACAGUCCAUUGUGCCUAAUAAACAAGUUAACUUUCCAAGCUGUUCUGAUUAGUGUAAACAAUUUUAAUUCUGACAUGUUCACAAUAUAUAAAAUGUCAAGCAUAAAGCUUGUCCAUUCUCUCGUACUCUGCUAUUACUACUGAUAGCCAUUAGCAGCUGAAAUAAGGGGAAGUAAAUGAUUGCAGUUUUCAUGUGCAAUUCUUUUCAUGCUAUUUCAGGUUUGGUAUGUUUGGAAUAAACCCAGAAGUAGUGGCAAAGCCAUAUUUAAACUAUGCCGGAGCUGGUCUCUCAGCCUUAAGGUAUCAUUUUAUUUCUUAUUCUCUUAGGUACGACUUCAUAUCUAAAGCAGAGAAUUUGAUGUGGUCUAAACACCACUAUAGUUCCUUACAACUAUUAUUGUGCUGUAGCUGUUUGGCUGUCAUUUCCAGUUUCUUGAGGGAAAAAAAAAUAAUAAUGUGGGGUGACAAAAAAAGGGUCUCUUCCGGCGCCAUUUAGCCUCCCUGCAGAAACUUAAUUUUCAUUAUGUCAUGUGUGAUUCAGUCCAAGCUGGAUGGCAAUGAUAGACUAAUCCGCUUACUGAAGCUGUACAGUUUCACAUUUGCUAAUUCAUAGACUUUCUUUCCAAAAUAGUUAAAUAGUUUGUACGUUUGUAUAAAGGCAAAGUAUUAUAGAUAUUCUAUUUGCUGAACAGAAUUGUUGUACCAGAGCAGAAGUACUAAUAUAUACAGUUUUAUAUUUGCUUCUUAGUGCUAUUAUUUUUCUGUUUGUGAAAACUGACGUAAAUAAAUCCACAUCAUCAGAUUCAGACACAGAACCGAUUCUAUCGACAAGUGUAGGUAUCGAUACAUUUUGCUUCAGUUAACUAAUAACAAAUGUUAUGCCUUUAACUUGAUUUUUGAUUUUUUGAUCCAGAGCUUACUUUGAUUUCCUAGAUGCAAUGCCUCUUUAAAUAAUUGACGUUGUCAGUCCUGUUUCCUCUAACAGAUUAAUUCCCAGGAAAACCCUGUAACAGAUGAGUCGUGGGUAGACAGACUCUCUCCUUUACAAAAACGGCUAACGUAAGUAAGCGGUUAGUGUUUAUUUCAAAUAAAACAGACUAAAUGUAAAUGUUAAUUUUUUUAAUAUUUUUCAUUCUUGCAUGUCUCACUUAAUAAAAAACACUUGUGAUAAUUUGUUUGUGGUUUAAUUUGUUGAAGGGACACUAUAGACACCAAAACAUGUUUAGAGGAACACUAUAGGGUCAGGAACAUAAACUUGUAUUGCUGACCCUAUAGUGUUCAAAAACACUAUCUAGCCCCCCAGUCCUCCUUGCCACCCUAAAUAUAGUACAAUCUUACCUUUAUUUCAGUCUGCUAGUGCUGGCUAUGCCCCGAUCUGCCUCCUUGUCUGACAUCAUCACAAGUGAUGAUCUGAGCCAAUCACAAUGCUUUCCCACAGGAAAGCAUUGGAUUGGCUGAGAUUCCCAAAUAGUUGGGGCAGUGGGCGGAGCCAAACACUACCCUGGCCAAUCAGCAUCUCCUUAUAGAGAUCCAUUGAAUCCAUUAAUCUCUAGGAGGAAAGUUCAGUGUCUCCAUGCAGUUGGUGGAGACACUGAAUGUGCAGCACUGCCCCAGUAAGCAUCUCUAGUAGCCAUCUGAGGAGUGGCAGCUGGAGAUGACCCUGGGCUGUAAUCAAAGGCGGCUCUAGACUUUGAGACCUUAGGCGAAACUCAAACAUAAGGCCUCACUAACAAAAAAGUGAAAAAAUAGAGUUUCAAUACAUGUACACUGUCACAUAUACACAUUGAUGCAUAGUCUUCCUGUGUAUGUGCCUGAGAGUGUGUCUGACAGAGUAUCCUUGUAUGUGAAUGUAUGUCUCUGUGAGAGGAGGGGGUGAUGGUGAGAGGGGGAGAGGGUAGGGGAGUGAUGGUGAGGGAGGGGGCUAAUGGUGAGUCUUAUUAAAAUUCCCUGGUGGUCCAUUGGGCUCCUCGGUGGUCCAGUGGCCAUUACUACUGGUCUGCAGCUCCGCAGAGCUGCAGACCAUGUAAUCUUGUGAGAUCCGUCAGAUCCACGGCAAUGCUCUGAUUGGCCAGUUCUCGCGAAACACAUGGUCUGCAGCUCUGCUCACUGCGGAGCUGCAGACUGGUGUCUGCAAUGGCUGGCCAGGCAGACAAGAGGGGCCUAGCACCCGGCGGCAUAUUGAGCAAGCCGCCGGGCCCCCUCCUGGUGUCGGGUCCUCAGUCACUGACCGAGGACCUGACACAGUGUGCCCUCAGGCGGUUUAGGCGGCCGCGAGGAACCAGCCAGCUUGAGGCCUUAGGCGGCCGCCUAAACCACCUAAUUCGAAAGCCGCCUCUGGCUGUAAUGUAAACACUGCCUUUUCUCUGAAACUUCCAAAAUGUCUGCAGGAACUGAUUAUACUCACCAGAAGCUGUAGUUGUUCUGGUGAUUUAUAGUGUCCUUUUAAAUAAGCAGUUUUAGUGUAUAGGUCAUUUCCCUGCAGUCUCACAGCUCAAUUCUCUGCCAUUUAGGAGUUAAAUCACUUUUGUUUAUGCAGUCCUGAAUGUAAUGUUCACAGCCUUCCUGAAUACUUCCUGUAAAGUGAGAUCUAAUGAGAUCUGUUAAUAAGUUGCUAGACCUUGCAAGAGCCUCCUGUAUGUAACUGCUAGAUAGUGUUUUUAACAGGCUUGUGUUCCUGACCCUAUAGUGUUCCUUUAAGCAUUCAUUGCAUGUAAUAUCAUUGAAAUUGGUUAAUUAAUAAAAUGUUAUUGACUCCUCAAAUCCAACUCAGAUUUUGACCCACCCUUAACUUCAAUUGUGUAAUUUUUACUAGUUUGUGUUCUUAUUGGAAUUAUGCAUGUCUUGCAGAUGUGAGAUUAUGACCUCAUUCUGCAUUAUAUUUCACAAAUUCCUUUCUGUAAAACUACACAAACAGCUCUUUUUUUAUUUUUUAUUUUAUUUUUUUAUAUUUUCUAUAUGAAUCAAAGCGGCUCAUUGAUGGCAGUUGUAGCUGGGAUUCUUUAUGGCUCCAGCUUUGUUCCAGUUCUCUAUAUCAAAGAUCACAGCAAAAACAAUGAGAGCAUGUAUGCAGGAUCGAGUGAAUUUGGUGAGGAAAACUCAAAUAUUUUAUGUUUAAUCCUAUGCAAUAUCUACCGAUACAGUCAUGAAAUUGAAUAUACUAUUGUUACUUUGAUCCUUUUACUAUAUUUAUUUGAAAGAUAUUUUCUUCAUACAAGUGUAUAUCUCAUUUAUGUCUGUAGCUUGAAUACUUAAACCAGUUCACUGUGUCUUUGGAGAACACUACUAAUGUUCUAGAAAUGUAUCCACUUAUCCAUUGGGAACCAAAGAACAUUUAUUAGAAGCCAAUUUAAAAAACAAUAUUGUUUAUGUCAGUGCACUUAUUAUAUAGCAUUCUUAGAUAUUUGGUUAAAAAAAAAAUAUAUAUAUAUAUAUAUAUAUAUAUAUACGAUAUAUAUAUAUACGACAAUUCACCAUGACGUCACAAUAAUAAUAGACGUUCUUCUGGUGGCAAAAGCAUUCUAUACACUCUCUACAUUAAUAUACAAAGUGCAAUUCCCCAUACAGCUUGCUGUCUUGAUCCUUUCACUCUAGUUUGACAGUCCAUGGAGUUGGGACUUGUUUUGUUAUUAAAACAAAAAAAUAAAUGAAGUUGUCAUAUGCUAGGCUUAUAAUACGAAUAUACUGCUAACUUACUCAGCAUCCUCAUUAUCCACCGACUCGCAGAGCUUCUGAGCCAGAGUCUUACCAGAAAACAGAGAUACCUGAAGAGCACUUGCGCCUAAUAAUCUGCUCAAAUCACACACACACAGAGUGUGGCAAAGGUAAUCCAGGAGCUGCUAAGCAGGGUCGUACUCAUCCUCCUCCCCAGCACUGUGCGCAGGAUUGUGAAGACACACUUGAUGACACAUUGUCCUCAGACACACAUAGUGCUGUCAUUAUAACUGAGUCUUGUUAAUUUCCUUGUUUCCUUUAUGAUAAAGUGAGUUGUCUUUCAUGGACAGUUUUCUCUUCAGGUCAGUGGAAGCAGCUCGCAUUCUGCCACCCGGAAGUAUCUUGGUGCCCAUUGUUUACAAACAUUCUAAAAUACCAUAAAAACUUCAUAGUUAAGUUUGUAAAGACUUUCUUCUUUGCGUAGAAUUUUUAAUUUCCAUUCUGAAUUUGUGUGCUUCUAGGUUUUAUUCUUCGCCCCCAAUGAAUAGGCUGUGUUCUUCUGCACGGUGACGUUCCCCACACCCUCUACUUUGGUUUUGGGAUUACUUUAUAUGUUUUCUUUAUGCAUAUAAUGGAAUUAAUAAACAUUAAUAAUAUAAUAAUUAAUUUCCAAACUACAAGCCAUUUAAGAAAGUAUUGAACAUGUUGGCACUAAGCAGCAUCUAAAUGUCAGAAUAUAGUAGGACAUACAUUUUUUGCCUGUAGAUUAUCCAAACGUUUUGUUUAUAACCAACAAUCGUUCUUAUCCCAUGUAAUAUAUAUAUAUAUAUAUAUAAAGAACACUUUAAAUCAGAUGCAUAAUAUUUUUAAAUGUGAAAUGAAAAGUGGUAACAUUUAGUACUAGUAAAUAACCUAUACUUAUAUAAGCAAUACACAAAACAAAGUAGGUGGAGCUUUACAAACAUAUACAUAUACCUCUCUCUGGUUCUGCAAAAAAAUGAGAAGGAACACAAAUAGUGCAGAUAAAUCUUACAAAAUAUUAAAUGUACAGAUUUUGUGUACAGUACACUUACAAGGGUAGAGCCAUAAUGAUACCUGGCUCUGGUUUGAAGCGCCUCUGGAUCCUUUAAGGAGAUUCACACCCUUCUUUUAUGUUGGGACCAGAUACCCACUUCAUAGUGCAGAUGUAGGAUAAAUCGACUAAAGUUACCAAAGUAGAAAAUUUUUAUUCCAAUGUAUAAAAAUAAAUAAGCAAGAAUAAAACAAUGAAUUAGGAAAUAUAAGUCCUUUUGGAUAGAUCCAUAUACCAAAAUGCUUUUUGCCUGAUCCAGGCUUCUUCAGUUGGUGUGUCGAUACGUCUCUGUGUCUGUAGUUUCUUAUAUAUGUCCCAUCCGCAUUCCCUUCCCUCCCCAAUUGCUCCCGGAACUCCUAAAUGCAACACAAAUGCGUUCCAAAGGGAUCCCAGGUAUCAGGUGUUGAGAGAAAAAGCACUUGAUGCUGUAUCUCUCUACAGAGAAAAAUAUGCGACAAUAUGAUGCAGAUCAUGAUGUUCUAUAUUUAAACAUACUCAUACUUCACUUUAUUCAAAAAUCAAACGUAUAAUAAUAAAACAUGCAUUACUAUAUGUACUUGUGUUUAUUUAAACCAAGUGAGGUUUAAAAGUGAGAAUUUAUGUGAUAACACCCCAUGAUAAAACUCUUAAUCAUGCAAGUAAAAAAAGAAGGUAAGUUCUAAUAACAGUUUUGAUUUAAUUGAUUAAAACCUAAAACCAGAUGGAACCUAGUUUGCUAAAAAACUAUAUUUCAAAAAAAAUGUAUAAAAAAAUUUCAACUGGAAAAAAAAGUGAAAGUAGAAAUGAGAAUAUUUCUUGUGAAGUGGAAGUGGGAGUUUCUGUCAAUUUCUACUUUUAACUACUCUUUAGCCACAGCAACAUUAACACCUUACUGAAACUUUGAAUUAGACUUUGUUAUUGCUGGUGGCUUCAUGAAAGUGGUAAUAACUUAAAUAAAAUGUGUUGAAAUAUGUCCUACACUAUUACACAUGUCUGAACGUUUCUCACCACUGUAAGCCUGGAGGAUCCAGGGCAAACUCACUAGGGGUGACUUUCUACUCGCUAGUGGCAAGUGUAAAUAUUUUGGCAAGGGCAAGUAUACAUUUAUUAACCCUAGUAUGGAUAAUACAUUUACGAAUAUAUAUAUAUAUAUAUAUAUACACAAAAAUAAUCAGUCCAAAUUGCUAAUAGAUAAUCAUGUUUGUAUCAGUAUCCACCUGCAAUAUAUUCCCAGACUUUUCUUAUAUAUAAGCUAGCAGUGCCCACUGAGAAAGAAAUUGGUCAGUCAGGAUGACCUUAUACCAUUCCAAGAGGCGUUUCAAAAUGCCAACGUUGUCCUAAACACCAUGGCAAACAAACUUCAUGGCAGAACAAGAGUUUCUGUACUUACAGCUUUCAUAAAUACAAGCUGUUAACUAAACUACAACUCACAUAAGCAUGUGCUUCUCCUUAUUGGAGAAACACUGCAGGUUAAGAAGAACAGAAAUGGAAUUGUGAAAUCACGUAACACAUACAGUAACAAUCAAGAAGAAAGUAUUUUAGAUUGUAGGGGAUGGGAGGGACAGAGGAGGCAGGGCUAAAUUGUAGAAUGCUGAAAAAAUAUACAAAAUUGAGCGAGUAAAAACAUAGGUAAUUAUUUGGGCAAAAAUCUAUGAAAUCCAUAAAUAUUGUGUGUGGCUGGGUUGUCUCUUUAUGUAAAAGCUAAAGAUGAAAACUAAGCCACCAUACAAGUACAAUAGUAGCAUAUUUUGCUGUGAUCUGUGUAUAUUAUCAUACAAUGUUAACUCUUUGUUCAAAAUAUCUCUUUUUCAGAUUUAGAUUACGUAUUUGCACACUUCAGUGGCAUUUUCCUUACUAGCACAGUGUAUUUCCUGAUCUAUUGUGCACUAAUGAAAAACCAUCCAAAGGUGUAUCCACAGGCGAUAUUGCCGGGUAAAUAUAUUUGAUAUUAGCAUACACACUUGUAGUACUAUAAUUCUUUAUCCAAAAGCAAAUUUAAAAAGAAGUUUACAGUGAGCAAACAAAAAUAUUAAUGGCAACUUUAAUUUCCCAGGAUUAUUAAUAUUAUGAUUAUGUUUACCUUUGCCCUGUUUUUACCAAAUAUGUAUUUGUGAGGUGUGAAAAGUAAAAUGUUGUAAUUAAUCUUUAUCCUGCAACUGGACACCUCAAUCUUUGCCUACUGCCAAUCAUUGUUAUAAGCUCUGCCAUUUGUACCUGUCAGUAUAUGUAGAGAGAGAAGUACAAAAUGAUUUUUGUGUUCCCCCUCCUCCAAUGCAGUGUCAGGUCUGAACUGGAUUUUGAUGUAAAUGAAUAUCUCUUUAAAGGGUUACUCGGAGCAUCAUGGCCACAUUAGUGAUUUGAAGUGGACAUGAAGCGUGGAGUCAGUGUUAAUUUUGUCAACAUUUCUGAGAUUUAGUCAGCUAAAACUAAAACAAUUCAGAUGACUUAAAUACGACAAAAUAAAAUGGCUUAUUAGUUAAAAGACUAUGACUAAAACUAAAUUUAAAUUUGCCGCCAAAAUGAACACUGCACAGAGGGGCUGUGGAAGGGGCAAAAGGGACACACUAGGGCUUGAGAGCGAGGCACCUAGAGGGGCUGGGAGGACACACAAAGACACAGAGGGGCUGGGGAAGUGGCAAAAGAGGCAGAUAGAGGCUUUAAUGACACCCAUUAGAUUUUAGUUGUUUCGACUAAAAAUCUAUUGGAGAUUUAGUCGACUAAAACUAGACUAAAACUAGACUAAAACUAGACUGAAAUGUUUCGCCAAAAUUAACCACUGCUUGGAGUCUUCAGCAUUAUAUAGUGUUGCCACUGGGGUGCAACUCUACUUCUGCUUCUGGCAGCAUUAUUAAAUGCCUUGAGAAUGUUUGGGAGAUAUACAUAUGUAUCUAUUUCUACAUGCAGGCAGAGGGAAACAACAGGAUGCUAAAUAUUAGAAAACUGUUCUUGUUUUUUGUAUUUUCUUCUUCUUUUUUUUUCUCUAUAAAGCAUCUUCCGAUCCAUUGUUGCACCUUAAGUGUUUGAAAAGGUAUUGUUAAAGGUAGUUUUAACUAGAUCUAUUACGGUUAUUUAUAAUGAAAACUAGCAUGAUUAGUGAUCAAACCGAGCUUAUCUUAAUAGCAAACCUCUUUGAAUGCGCUGUGCGCUCUAUUUUCUAAAUAUUCCCAGAGCUUCUAAAAACAAUUUUUAUAUGUGUUGAGUAAGGGAAUAUUUGAGGAAUCUGUAUUCAUGAUAUAUUUUCCAGUAUUCAUUCUGGGAUCAACAGUAAUAAAUAUUUUUCCUCCUAUGCCAUGUGUUUUUAACAAGCCAUUUAUUAUAGAUGUUUUCUAUAUACUACACAAUUAUUUAAAUUAUAUUUAUUUUUGUGCCGUUAUUAAGGUUUCUUUUCAGGCGUUCUUUGGGCAAUAGCCACUUGUUGCUGGUUCCUGGCUAAUAACUACCUCAGCGCUGUGGUCAGCUUUCCAAUCAUCACUGCGGUCAGUAGUUAAAUUGAAUUUGAAGCCUUGCACCCUUCAUAUUAUCAGAUGUACUCGGUAUGCCAUUUCUAGUAAUGUCUGUAUCUCCUGAAUGCCAAAUAUUGAAUUACUCAGCAUGAUACAACCUUUUCUGUAAAGAUUACUGUCAGAAUCCUAACUUGAUUCUGUUGAUGUUUGAAAAAUAACAUCACAAAAAAGGCAAUUUUGUGUGUUGUUCUUCUCAACAAAGCAAGAUAUUUAAUCUGCCAAGUAUCAGUCGGUAGUGCGCAUCAUAAUAAUUUUAAAGUUCCAUUAAACAGAUGCAUUUUAUCACCUUUGUCAAAAUAAAGACUGGUUAUUUGGUUAAACAAAUGUUUAUAAAAUACAGAAUUAAAUAAUUAUAUGUAAUAGGCAAUCAAAUGCAUCGUAAAUGUAAGUCAAUUCCACUUAUGCUCUGAAUACAUUUAAUAAAUGACUACAUAUCAGUCUAUAACAUUUUAAUUAAAUGCUGUGCAAAAUGCGUAUGUGCUGAGCUAUUUAGUAGAAUUUGCUGAAAAUGUUAAUUUAUUUUCUUCUAUUUAAGGGACCUGGUUUAAUUGCUGCAUUGUGGGGAGUUUUGGUUUUCAAAGAAAUAAAGGUAAGUUAUUUAAAGAUAGUUUUCCAUAAAAGUCAUUUUGCCAAAGGGCACCCUUGAUCUUCUGUGUAUAAUUAUUAUUCCACAAUGCAUAACAUUCUGCUUCCUUUAAUACUAUUCACAACACAUACCUCAGUAAGGAUAUAUAGCAACUCAAGCCCUGCCAUGGUCAACGUUAAGGCAAAGUAGGACUUACUGUAUGGGUCAUCAGAACUUGGUAGAAAUGGAAUAGUUUUCAUGAAGAAUGGCUUAAAUGUUAUAAAAGUGUGAACAAAAAGUGUGGCACAAUGUCUGCAAAUACAAACUGACAUGCACCCAGUGCCAAGAUGCCUAGAGAAGCUAAACACCUUAAUGCAGCAAUAGAGACUGAAGAUCAGAAACAGCAGGUAAGUACUUAACGGAACACUACAGGGUCAGGAACACAAACAUGCAUUCCUGACCCUAUAUUGUUAAAACAACCAUCUAGCCCCCUUGAUCUCCCCAUGCCUCCCUAAAUAUAGUAACAUCUUUCUUGUAUUCAAGUCUACAGCUACUAGCACUUUACCUGUCCCUUUCUGGCUGCUGUUUGCUGGCAUCAUCAGAAGUGGUGGUCUGAGUCAAUCACAAUGCUUCCCCAUAGAAUUGGGUGAUACUGUCAAGGAGGCAGAUUAGAGGCAGAGCAAGCACAAGUCAAACACAGCCCUGGCCAAUUAGCAUCUCCUUAGAAAUGAAUUAAAUCAAUGCAUCUCUAUGAGGAAAGUUCAGUGUCUACAUGCAGAGGGUGAAGACACUGAAUGGCAGUGCUGCUUACUCUGCAGCAUUGCCCAAGGAAGUAUCGCUAGCAGCCAUCUAAGGAGUGGCCAGUGGAGUUAUCACUAGGCUGUAAUGUCAACACUGUAUUUUCUCUGAAAAGACAGUGUUUACAGCAAAACGCCUGAAGAUUAUGAUUCUACUCACCAGAAUAAAUUCAAUAAGCUGUAGUUGUUCUGGUGACACUAGUGUCCCUUUUUGUAAUUGUAUUAAUUCUAAUAUGAGGAUCCUGACUGACAACUCAUGCAAAAAGUCCAAAGAAUUUAAUUUGCGAGCCCUCUAUUUGACCCUGUAAUUUAGCAAAACACUGUAAAACCUGUACAUGGAAGCAAUGUUUUACUCGUGAGACCUCACUGAACACAAUCAGUAACACUUAUGACAUUGAUAACCUCCGUAAAAGUGCAGUUUUGUUUGUGAGAAAUGCAAAAAAAAAAAACAAUUAUUAAAAAAUUAACUUUGGCCCUGAUUUGUGACUAAGUGGUUGCUUAAAAAAAAGACUGGAUACACCAUAUUUGAAUAUCCUGGGUUGUCUACAUUUGCCAAUGGUAUGCCAUGAUGGGGUAAUUUUCAUUCCUGGACUGCCAUAUAAUCAUAGCAAACUAACCUGGCAAAUUUUAUUGUGUAAAAACUGAAAUGGGCAUGCUUUUUAUUUAAUUUUGUAACUUUAUGUCUUGGUCAAUUUCCUCCAUCCUUAAAGGGACACUAUUGGCACCCAUAUUCCCAGAUCGCUUAACCCUGCAAAGCUAAUUAUUGCAGUUUUUUAAUUAACUGCAAUAAUUACCUUUGUGGGUUAACUCUACCUCUAGUAAAUGUCUACCAGACAAUGACUAGAGGGACUUCAGGUCGUUAGUUGACUUUUGGUUGCCUAACUGACGCAGUAUAUAUGAGGAAAUCCAGCGUCCACUGAAACCCCAAUAGGAAAGCAUUGUAUAAUGCUUUCCUGUGGGGGGGAAAGUACAAAUUUGUGUGCAGCCUUUGCCAUUGGAGUGGAGGUAGACUCAGGUAGAUAGGGGAGGGGGGGUGACAUAGGGGGUGCACUUUAGGGAGCUAUAGAGGCAGGAAAAUAACUUUGUUUUCCUGGCACUAUAGUUUCCCUUUAAGAUGUUAAACAUUAUUUUGUGGAAUAUCUUUAAAUUAAUUUAAUCGUUGUUUGUGUUUGACAUUUUACAGAAAUUAAAACUGCUUAUGAUUUUUGUUUUUCUAUUCUUACGCAGGGACUGAGGAACUACGUGCUCCUGGUAUUUGCAUUCUGCAUUAUUCUGUCUGGAUCUCUUUUGACAGCUUUUUCAAAGACAUGAGGAACUUUCUGUACUAUGUCCAGCAGAGGGAGGUGUUGCAUUUGAAUUUCCAUUAUGGUUGCAAACAUGAACUUUUACCAAGCAUUCAAACCAUUUCUUCGUUAUCAGAAGAAGUUAUGACAAACAAUAAUAAUAUUUUUCUCUGACACUUACAGAGGGCGAAACAACUAAAAACAUUGUUCUAAGUUAAAUGUUUUGAAGUUUAAACAUAGCAGACUGUAAUUUUAUUAAUAGCAGACUGUAAUUGUAUUAAUUCAACCAAUCAUGAACUGUGCUACUUCUAAUUAUUUACAAAAUAUUAAAUAUGCAUAAAUUAUCUACCUAUAUGGUAAAAUUAUUGGAAAAUGUUUCUGCCUUUUCAUUCUUAGGUUUAGAAAGUUAUGAGACACUUUAGGCACUGCAACUGCUUGAUCUCAAUGAAGUGGUUAUAGUGUCCUCUGGUGCCUUCCAUUCAUUAACUGUUUUUAAUGGUUUAAUGAUAAAUGAGUGUCCCUAACAGCCAAUUCUGUCUGUGAUUGGCCAAGAGUGUUGGCUGACCACUUACAGCCUAUCACAGUCCCCAUUGCUGGUAAAUGAAUUGGUAUGAAGGUGUGUUGCAUCUUCGCCAUAGCCAUACUUCUCUCGGGGAGGCUGAGCUGUGAGUAGCCAUUUGAGGUCAGUUCCAGCAGACUCCAGGCACUGUAACCAUUGAGAUGAAAUGAUUAUAGUGCCAACAGUGUCCCUUUUUAAACUGUCUCAGAAAUCAGUAGAGCGAUUCUGUGCUGCUACAGUUAGAGAAAACACUAAUGAAAAUAUUGAAUGUUUUGUCAUUUAGUCUUGCUACAGAAACCCCUUUGGGAGCUAUGAAGUUGGUAAGUGUGUGGGCUGGGCUGGUUUGUAGACAUGGCAGUGAUGCAAACAUCUUGAAUGGUGUUGUGUAGUCCGAGCUUAUAUGUGUGCCAAAUUUACACACAUAACUGAAAGAGAGCCAACAAGGACUGUUCUAAGACAGCGGAGCUAAAGCAUUUUAUUAUUUGCAGAAAUAUCUAGGAGUAACCCCACACAGCUGCCUUAAUGCAGGUUUCAAAUUUAAAUUGAUCACACCAUUUCACAC